AUGGGCUGCUGCUGCUGCUGCUCCUCCUGGCAACUGGUGCUCCUGGCUUCGCUGCUCUUCGCCGUGGCGGACGGCCAGCUCCGAGGUGAGGAAGCCGCGCUGGUCGGGACUUGAGGGACUCCCCCCUCGCCGAAGGUUUAGCGCGGCGCCUCAGAAUGGCAGUGCCGGGUGGGGUGGGGUGGGGGUGGCCGAGCACGUGCGAAGGGUGCCGUUGCAACACGUGCAAAAAUGGACUCCGGCUUCCCUCCCCCGCCCCCUCGCUGGGGUUUCCCACUUGGAGGAUGCGACGCCUUCAUGCAUUCCUCGCCGUCCCCAGCCCGGGUCGCUCACUUCGACGUCCUCGGGGUGGUUUGCAAAGGCGAGCCGGGCAAGGUGCGACCAGCCUGUUUCUGGUGGCUGCCCAGGAGCACUGCCCGAGGGAGGUGGUUCUUGGAGGCUCCAAAAUGCCCGUGGACUGAAGUGGGUGAAGCCUGGAUUGGGAUGCUCUCGUUAGGGAGAGAAACCCCCGGAGAUGCCACCAGAUUAAAAAUAAAUAAGAGCCAUUAUUGUCUGGCUACCACGUGUUUAGAAUGUAGCUUCUUGUCUCUCUUGAAGAAAGCAGAUGCCACUGUGGGAGACUUGGCUGGGCGCACUUUUUAUAGAUGUGUGUUGGUGUGUGUCAAAGUCCUCUGCCCCAGCUGUGGCCGAGAUCCUUCUUCCCCUGGCCUUUCCCAAUGGCUCCCCGUUUCCCACCCCGAAUGGCUUUCUCGCCUCCUCUCUCUUCUUCUUCCAGGACUUUCUGUUUGCAAUUUGCAUCCCCCCUUCUUCCCCUUUUCUCUUUUCCUCCCCUGCCUUUUCUUUCAUCUCCUCUGCUGGCGGUGAAGUGGAUUCCAAUGCUCGCCUUAGCUGUUGAGGAUGAAGGGGCCGCCGAUUUGCUUUGUGGCGGAUGAAACUUUUUUAGGAGUAGGGAGAAGGCUUUGAAGUGAGGGGGAAAUCAACUGGUUUGGGAUUCCCCCUACACAUUUGGGUGGAACUCAUGAGGUUUUCUUUGUUACGGUUUAUUGUAUGAAAAGCUUUCUUGGCAUUUUUUAAAAAAGUUUUAAAAUAGUUUGAUGCUGUUGGCCUGCUUCCAGAUUAACAUGUGAUUAUUUUGGGGGGGGGGGAUGCUUUUCACAAAUGCUCCCUCAUUGUCUGCUAACAAGGAGAAGCAGCCAAACUUGACAGACUUACCCCUCCCUCCUCAAACUGUUCUUUUCUUUCUGGAUGGACAGAGUCAGGCAUUCAGGACUGCUAGGAGGGGGUUCACUUGCCAUUGUAUCUCCCGGAGGAUGCUGGGCUUUUCCCUGCCCCCAAACGCCUUGUUUCUGGAUUUUGCUUCCAGCCACUUUGAGGAUUAGAUAGAUAGGAUCUGGCACUCACCCACAGGCUGCAAAAGGGCUACUGCAUCCCAGACUAAUGAUGCACGUGAACUAUGGGGUCCCAGGGAAAGGACACAUUUCAUCAAGCUGCUUUUGUGUGGCGCUGAAGCAAGUGUAUAGUCAGCCAUUCAGAGUAGAUGAUGAUGGCAUGCCUUAUUAUUGGGGCUGGAGGGUGAGAGAAACAGAGCUUGGGAAAAUUCAUUAAUAUGUACAUUCUGUGCCUAUGAUGGCUGGAAACCCUUAAAAAAAGAGAAAGAAACACGACAUUUUUGCAAUGUGUAUCACAUCUGAAAGAAGUAAUUCUCAGCAGAUUGUAAGUUGCAGAGAUUGCAUUCAUGCAUACUGAGUCAAAUUUCUGGCAGAAUUUCUACACCAGAGUUAGGAAGGCAUAAGAGGCAACCUGUAGCCAGGCUGGAAGCAUAUGUUGCUUUAUCUAUGUCUCCCAUCAUGAUGGUGGCAAAACGUGCUCUUUCAUCCAUUGGCACACUACUAGUCAUGCAGGGUUUUCCAAUGUGUCACCAUCCAGAUGCUGUUGGACUCCAAUUCCCAGCAGUCUCAGUCAGCAGGACCAAUCACCAGGCACAAAGGGAGCUGUAGUCUGCAUUGAGGCAUCCACGUUGGCUGCUCGUAAUAUAGGGAAAGGUCACAUUGGGUCAUACUGGUGUCAUAAUUACUUUGCUAGUUAUUGCAUGAAUACUUUAACUGACAGCACAAUCCUAUAUAUGCCUUGUUAAAACUUAAUCCCUAUGAGGUAAGUUGGUAUAAGAAUGUAACCUUAAUUAAUUUAUUGACACACAUUAUUAAGACCCUAGUGCUAUGUCUUCUCUAAAGCAUUGGGGCUGGCACAUACAUUAUCUCUGCAUGAGGCAUGUGUUCCAAUGUGUGAGAUAAUGCUGGACUAGUAACCUCAUUGAGAACUAAGGAUCAGCUUCCAUGAAUGGAAAUGUACAUUUUCAGAGUUCCACUCCAGCAACUGAUGUACAAUGUUCCAGUUCCCUCUUCCAUAGUUUCCCUGCUCAUAUGGAUAAAUCAUUUGUGUGAGUUGUUAAAAGAUGCAAGAGGGCCAGCUGAGGUUACCUAUGAGCCAGCUCCUCUCAAUUUUACCAAUGACAGAUUAGCCCAUGCAAAAGAAUUGCCCUGGGGCCUCAGUUCAAUUAGUCUGGUAGAGCUGCAAGUGUGAUGAAAUAAAGAAUAAGGCACAGCAGAAAGGACAGAUGAAGACGAAUAUGUGGCACAUGGUCAAGGCAGUGUUAAAAUCACCAUCGCAAGCAUUGUUAAGCAGCUGGGUGCUCUGGACCAGUACAUAAGGAGUAGUGUGUGUAUGUGCUUUGGUAAAAUGCACAUGUUUUGAGCACCAGUGGAAUCUUGGGGGGCUUUAUUUGCCUAAAUGGAUUCUGCAUUAUUUUGUAAUUCUUUGCUAGUCACAUACAAAGGAUACAGAACUACCUUGACUAUGUGCAUUAAGCUGUUAAUAGUGAGUAUGGGAGCAUCCCCACUUUAAAGGCAUGGUUGAUAUACAGUGGUACCUCUGGUUACAGGUGCUUCAGGUUAGAGACACUUCAGGUUACACUCUGCUAUCCCAGAAAUAGUACCUCGGGUUAAGAACUUUGCUUCAGGAUGAGAACAGAAAUCGCGUGGCGGCAGCGCGGUGGCAGCGGGAGGCCCCAUUAGCCAAAGUGGUACCUCAGGUUAUCUGAUCUGAGAUAAAUUUGAUAAAAUAGCAGUUGGCACGUAAGAAUCUGCUGAAAUCUUUAUUUGACUUCUGUUGAUAACAUUAAAGACAGUGAUGGGUUUUUGUGCUGAACAAGAAAUGAGUUAAGCAAUAUCCUAUAAAGAAGGUAUGAUGCAUCAUGUGGUUUGUGUCAUCUGGGAUUUGCAUCUCUGGGCUAUCUUCUUAAUGAGGCAAGACAUGAGGAAACAGACAACUUACAGAAAGCAAAGACUUUAUGGACCUGUAAACAAGCAAGAAGAAUUUUAAGCUCUUACAGCCUGAUAUCUGGUGCCUCUGUAAUCAUCUUUAAAUCUUAUAUGAGACUUUGAGCCAAGAGAGAAGACUGUUCUUCAUCCUCCUUUCUGUAGUGCCCAAUGAAAGCUCCCUAUCCUUGUGAUGAGUUGUAUAAAGUGACUGUCUGUAUAAAGUGCUAGUCUUUAUUUUCAUUUUUCCUGUGCCACUCCUGAACUGGCAUCAGAUAGGUGAACAGGAAGGCAGUUGUUUAUAAAGCAUUUCAUAACCAGCACAAAAUAUUUUCUCAUAGAUUCUUCUGAAACUGACAGUAUUGGGUGACAUCCAUAUUCAAGGUUAGGCAGAAAGCACAACCUUUUUGCAUGAAUGGUCUUAAUUGCUGAGUGCCGCAAUUAUAUAUUGUCUCUUUGGGGACAUUAUAGUGGAGUUGGGCAAAGAUAGACUCAGGUCCUGAGUAUCAAGGUAAAAGCAUGUUACCUCUUUCCCCAGAUAAUAUGCGUAUUCAACCUUAUCUUGGACCACAUAUGUGCAUUGAAGUAUACACAUAGCAUUUUCCUAAUCGCUUCACCUACGCUGCAUGUACAAGUAAUGUGUAUGCAGAGUUGCACCUCCACUGAAAUUAAUGGGAAUAUAUAUAUAUAUAUAUGUAUCAUGUGUGCACAUGAGCGCAAGAAUGUGCAUAGUGUUUUUGAGUGCACACCAGAGCCUCUAUUGUUAUAAUCAAGAGUCCUGAUUAUUCCCUUUAAAUACACACUGCAACUUCUCAGUUUUCUUCUGGGGAAAAAACCUUCUCCAUUUUUUAUGAUUUGGGCAGAAGACCACACUUUUCAUUCAUUCAGAUAACAGAUAAGCAUGUCUGCCCAUUACUGGAAUUUUGUGGCUAUCAAAUCGUUGCAACUGGUUUACAGAAUGCAGCAUUCCUUUUUUUAUCUGAAGAUGCUAAUCCAGAAGCAAUCCCAAGAAUGUGGGGAAAAUUCAAAUGCCUACAUUGCUUUUGCUGAAGAUAAACACAGCUGAAACUCAAAAUAACAUAAAAUUAACAAAACCUAGUUUCUUGCAUUACUAAGACAGCUACUCAAGUCAUUUCCAUUAUCUAAUGAAACCUGUUGCUGGUGACAGCCAAAAUAUAUGUGCUUGAUUACCAUUGAAUAUAAUGUUGGGUGAAAUAGUCUCUUCAGCAUUUCCUGCUUUUCAUUAUGUGGGUGCAUAUUUCCUGACAGCAAACAAAGGAGCUUUAAGACGUAAGAAUGCCAUUGCCUUGCUAAAAACGCUGAUUAUGCAGUAACUCCACAACAUUAGCUAUGAUGACCAUAUUCUGAAGCAUAGUUUCCUUUGAUUCUAGCCAGCAAGUAUGUUUUUAAUGUGCUCACAAAUGUUUGCAAUAUAGCAGAAAAUUUUUGACCAUCUGUGGUCAUUGUGCUUGCUGCAGCACUAGGUUGCGUAUCUGCCCUGGCCUUUGACCCAGAAAUCUCCUUUUGCUAUGGGUACGGGUGUAAUCUUAAUGUUUUAACAUGUUACCUGAGGGGUAUUUAGUAGAAAUCUUAGCUCAACCAUGAACCAAAAUCCAAAAUCUUCCACCCCCAUUUGUAAUAUAGGGAUAUAACCACACACCAUUCAUUAUUUAGUGAAUUUGUAUCCUUUUGCAGAGGCGGAGCUAGUUGCUUGGGCACCUGGAGUGGUGCACAUGCUAUGCACCUGGGGGCAGGGGGGCUAGCCACCCGUGAGAGUGGGGCUAGCCGCCUGUAGCCAGCAUCCCAGUGGGGUGGCACGGCGAUGUCAACCGCUCUCAGGGAUUACACCUGGGGUGGGCUGCCCCCACCGCACUCCCUUCCUCUGCCAGUGUCCUUUUGUCCAUCAUGGAAAUAGAGGCGGGGAGCAUAGGGUUCCCAGGCAGCUUCUCCUCUAGGUACCGGACAGACUCGAACCCUGUUUAGCUUCAGAAAGGUGGCUGUGUCAAAUCCUCUUAGACCUCACCUUGUUUCCAAAUUAUGGGCACAUGCUUAAAAAAUUGUUAUUUGGGAGCAUUUUAUUUCAACAUAUAAUGGCUACUAGACUAAUAAUGUUUUGUUUUACUCUUAUUUUACCCCCUAAACCUCUUGAGUUCCUUAAAUUAUUGGCUCCCUUCCUCACAAUAGCCAUUACCAUUAAGAAAAACUGCUGGGAGUUGCUCUAAAAAUGUGGGAUAGACUUGGGUGUAAAUCAAAUUAAUAAAAAUACUUAGGACUGACUUGGGUAUUAAUGCAGGGGCAGAAUGCUAGAUCCCCCACUGGUCAAUUUUGAAUGGUGGGUAGGGCCACACACACAUAUCGAUCACCUGAUGUCAUAAUGACACCAGAUAAUUGAAACCUGUCAAAGUUCAAAGGAGGUUGCUGAAACUGCAGAUAUACUGAUUGGUGAUUUCAAGGGGCUCCUUCUUGGUGCUUCAAGAAGGCACCAAUCAGCUAUGCAGAGGGGAAAAUGUUCCUAUAAAUUGAGCAUUUCUCCCUCUGCAUUGCUGAUUGUCAGGUAUGAAGGACUUUCUUUAAGCACCAAGAAUAAGCUUAUCGCCUGUGCUUGCAGAGAGUCCUGCAGUUUGCUUAUAAUGAGAAGCUAUGGUUUCCUACUACAUGUGUGAGCCUUGGUGAGCCCUGGGCUUGUGCUCUUCUGCUUUCCUUAGAGAACAAACCAGCUGUGUAAACCGUGGUUUGAUCCUUGCUUGUCGGAAAUAAGGACCUAGAGGUGGCUUGUCAGAUCAGGAUACAGAGGCGGGUUUAGGGCAGCAUGACCGGUUCUGCCACACAGGGCACUGAGCCUGGGGGCAUCACAGGCAACAUAACUAUGAUGUAGUGAAUUGAGCAGAACAGAAGGUGGGAGGCGAGGGAGGGAUCCAAUUUUUGGCCUUGCGCAAGGCGCUGUUGAAAUUUGAAAUACCAAAGUCUACUCCUUCAGGACCCAUUAGUGGAUCGUGGCCUGAUCCAGAUUGCAACAAGAGCACUACCGCUAUGCAAAUAUAUAGUAAAAGAUUAAGAAGUGGGUCCCACAAUGCACAGUGUGGUUAAUAGUGAGUCCUGCGUAUGAAAAGGUUGAAGAUAGCUGGUUUAAACUGACCAGAGUAGCACGAGUUAAGCUAAAAUCUUCAGUCUCCACAUGUGUGUGAAUGGGGAGGAGAAAGGAGGGGAAAUACAGAAAAGCCUGAAGCUUUUUCCAGAUGGUGUAUGAAUAAGGAAACCAUGGUUUCCCAUCAUGCCUUAAACUGACCCUGGGUAUUUAUAGCACUUUCCCUAACCUUUUCAGUAACCUUGCUGAAAGGUGAUUAUCAGUCUUACUGCAUUGAUGUAUGUCAAGCACACUGAGCAGUUUAGAAAAGCAAUUUCUAAGAACUGGUAUUAUUAGUUUGCAGGUCUAUUACAUGGCCCAAGGUAAACUUAAAUAUUCUCACAUAUACAUUUUAAGCUUAUAUAUUUUCACACAAGUAAGCUGCAUGGAUAAGAGACAAAGGGAUCUCAGAACAAAGGGAUAGUACUGGAAGGAACAUAUUUCAUCAUAAAUUAAUACUGACCAAGAGGUGUCAUGGGUAUACAUAUGGAAUAGAAGGGGGUGGGUGGUGGGUGGGAAGAGGAAGUGUGGUUGUUAAAACACUUGCUAGGAGUAAUAUAGGGGGAAAAGGUUGAAGGUGAAAUACCGUAACUUUAAUCGCUCAACCAAUUGCUAUGCAACUUACGGCAUGGUUGGAAAAACUGCAGAUCUUCCUAAACAAAAAAGAGAGAGGCAUAAAAUUAAAUUUAUGGACACCAUCUGGGCUGUUCAGUGCCUUUCAUAGACAUUUGAGUUGGAGUUUUACAUUUAAACAGUGUGACCCCUUGCCACGUGCAUAACAAUGUGUUCCAAAUCCUUCUGGUGUCUUUGAUAUUUUUGGUAGUUAAACUAGUUAUAAUCUCACAGCCUUUGGACAUGAUAUGACAAGUUAUUGGGCUAACUUAGCCAUAUUUUUGUCUGUGAGCCACUGAGAGACAUGUAAGAGUGCAAACUUGCUUUGUUUACGUGAAACAAAGUUUUUGUUUGUUUCUGUUGGCUCCUUGAUACGAUGUUAAAUGUUGCCUGACUUGAGCCUGGUGUGGACCACUUGUCUUAAUUCUGUAAACUAGUUCAGGAUCCUGUUCUAGCUUUCUAUUACUUUUUACCAUGGUGUCAUCAUAGAAUUACAGAGAUGGAAGGGACCACAAGGGUCAUCUAGUCAAACCCCCUGCAAUGCAGGAAUCUUUGGCCCAACAUGGGGCUAGAACCCAACAUGGGUUGGAAAAUGAACCAGAGUUAUUUUCAGCCUGAGGUAAAGCAAAAUAGGUAUUUGCUUUGCUUGUACAGUGCAAAGGUAUGUGUGAUACAGAAAAAUAGUGUGAAUGCUUUCCUAAGCAGGCUAAAGAUUAACGUAAAAUCUCCUUGCCAUCCACAAAUACUGUACAUUUGUCCAUGUCCACCAGGAUAUUAGUUACUGGGUUUUAUUUACAGGUUUUAAGGGGGGGGCUUAUCCUAAAAAAGAAGCAAAAGCCUCAACACCGUUGCUUUUGUUUUAAACAAGGGCUCCACAGCUGCUGUCCUUGAUGCACUCCAUGCUGAUAUCUUCCAGAGAGAACAAAGAAGUGUAGUAUAUAAACUAGAAAAAGUGCUACAAUAUGAGAUCACUUCAUCAUCAUUUGAUAUACAGAAGUACUCACUUUAUUUUUGAAAAUGUGCAAAUCAGAUUGUGAGAACUCUUCCACUAUAUGUGUUAAUCAUGAGUUACCUUAUAGCCAAAAUAACAUCGUUGUACUGACAUUGAGAAUCUUCACUUUGUACAUCAAAGAAUAAUUCAGAGCCUUCAGUUUUUUCAUCCUUUCCAUCUGGGUUCCUUAUUCUUUAAAAAACAAGGUCCAGAGGAGUUGUACAUUUAAUUAUAAUUUUAUGUUUUGUGUAGGGUGACCUGGAAGACUAUGCUUUUCACUGGCUAGUACUUUUUCAUAUUAAAAAGGAAUGGGAAAAAUGCAAUAUUAUUACAUAUGAGCUUUGUUCAUUAUUUAUCACAUAUCAUGUGGAUUGGCAAUAUUGCACUACAUAAAGAGAAGACAAUUUUUUCAGCUUUCUGAAACUAAAGACUUAACAGCUUGGUUGAUGAUGAUUCUUGAAGAAAUAUUACUACAUUACUACCUUAAUACAUUACUAUAUCACUUGAAGAAAUACUGCUAUUGUCCCUUUGAAGAUAGGUAGUUGCAUUCUAACUACUAGACCCAUUGAAAUGAAUAAAACAAAGAUAUUUGUGUUCAUUAAUUUCAGUAGGUCUACUCUGCUUAUGACGAGCCUUGGAUACAACCCAUGUUCACUUACUGUUUUGUAAAUUUCAAAAACAGGUUUGAUUGAGAAAACACCUUUUGAAAUAAUGACCCUUUCCCCACCUCAGCACUGCCCCCCCCCCCCGGUAAACUCUGAAAUAUUUCACGAGAUUUAUCUUGGGAGAUAAGGCUGUGUUCAUCACUGCCUUAUCUCCAUACAUAUGCUGGGGGUUUUCUUUACUUUAUGGUCCGCAGUCUGUGGUGAUUGCUAAACUGACAGGAAAGUUCUCUGUGGGGUUUCUGUGGCCAGUAACUUGAAAGGGUCUAGACUGGGAGCUUUAGUGAUAUCACCUUAAACUCAGAAAUGCUUGAGCAGCGGCAGAUUGUUUUAUUGCUUCCUCUUGGGAAUGAGCUGUUUCAGAAUGUUGACCAAAAGGAUUGCAUAAUACUUUGCAAAUUGGAUGGUGCCUCCUCUAUGUCCAUGUUGCACAUGGAGCAAGAUUAAUUUCAUUGCCUCCCUUUGAUCCUAAUAUAUCCAAAAUCAUCUGUUAUUCAUACUGUAUCUAUUUAUUUCUUAUCAUGCUGAGAAUUCCACUGUUAUUUCUUAGUAUCAUGUUGAGAAGGAGGAUUCAUCACAUUUUAUUGGAACCACAUGUAAAAACUGUACUGUAGCAGUUUAAUCCAAUAAAACAGAGCACUUUAUAGCACACUAAGGAUUCAAAGCACUUCACAUAAAUUAUAUCCAUAAUCAGCCACAUUUUAUGUGGGACUUCUAUAAACAUGCACCUCACCAUUCAGAGCUUCAGUCAUCAUUUUUACUUAAAUGGAAUUACGUUAUUGGUGUUACUGUCUUCUGCUGAACUCCUUUUAAAACAUUAAGAAUGAAUAAUUGUUCAGUUUAAAAAGUUUUUAAUGUGUGAAUAUUCUGAAUUAACUGUGCAAUCUUAAAUAUGUAUACUUGGAAGCAAAUCCCAUUUAUUUCAAUGGAACCUAGGAAAGUGUGAAUAGAAUUACAACCAGGCAGAGAAAUCCUAAUUAUGGGCCAGGAAGGUUUGGAGAGAUGGAGCCAUGGCUACACCCAAAACUCAUGCUGGUCAGGAUGGAAGCCGGUGGUGGGGCAGUUUCUCCCUUCUUUUGUUGCACCAUAUGGGCUGAUGCAGCAGAGAGCCUGGAUUGGUCCUCUCUCUGGGAAAUUUAUAAUUGUAGGAUCCUGUGGACCCAUGUAUAUUCCUGCUGUGCCCCCCCUUCUUGUAACACUCUGUUUUUGGGAUCCUCUGCUUGCUUACAACUGAUGGGAACACUUCCUCUGGUAGCUUCUUAGUCACCGAUGUUUUCAGUGGGUGCAGUAUCAAGGUAUCAAGAUUAUGGUCUCUGUUGGCAAUCCUGCACAGUCAUAACAUAUCAGUGGGUCUGUUCAUACAACCAAAUUGAUGUAUGGAGGAUGUGAGUUUAGCACAGAUGUGUUUUCAGUUCUGCUUUUGGUGAAGGAUAUUGCGAUGGUUCUGUGUCAUAUAAGCCACAGUACUGUAAACCAAGUACUGCAUGAACCUCUAGUUUGCAGCAAACUAUGUUGGAAUAAUCAGGUAUUCACCAAUUUACACACAUAAUUUGUAAUCCUUGAGAUUUGGAAAUUCAGCCAUAAGCCUUUUUCUGACACCAUCCCAGGUAGAAUCCUAGGAGAAGCAGAGUCUGAAGUGACAAUUUUUUAUUACAGUAAUAAAAUACAAGUAGGACAGAAUCUAUUUUGAGUGUGCAAUUAAGCUACACAUAGUGGGAAAGUGUUUGUAUCUGUUCGCUGUGGCAAAAUAAGUGAUAAUCCAGGGAGACAAUCAGAUGAGUUCAUUGCUAGGUAGAUAGCCCCACAAUGGUGGGAUAGACAAUGUUUCCUUGAAACUGAGGAGAGAGAAAAUGAUUUAUUUGUCGUUGAUCGGGAUUUUCAGACAUGAAUGGGUUAUUUCCCUCCAUUAUGAAAUGUAGAUAUUCUAAGUGAACUUGCUGAAUUAGUAACUUAGUAGAAUUGGUUCUGCAGUAUGAGUUUACGUAAGUUGCUUAGAUGCAUACCAAACUAGUUAACUGUUCAGAUUGUAUGCUAAUAGUAAACUCAUUCUCUGAUUCUGAUCCUUAUGGAGCCAAAGCAGUACCAUCCACACACAAGAGGAAAGUAUCCUAGUUUGCAGAAAUACAUUUUUUAACCUAAUGAGGGGGAUAGCUCAUAUCCAAGAAAGACAGUAUCACCAGUGGUGAAGCUGCAUGCUCUGCUACCAGGGGCAGAGACCAGGUGGGGGCAUGGCUGGUGCCCCUUGGGGGGGGUGAAACGCCGCCUGCGAGAGUAUCGUGUGCGUUCUGGGGGCAUGAUGCGCCCUGUGGGGGCGUGAUUCCCAGCGUGCGGGUGUGUGUGCGCAGUGCAUGUCCGGGGGCCCCGCUGCGAUGGCACCCUACCGGAAUAGUGGUGCUGGGGGUGGUCCGCACUCCCGGCACUCCUGUUCCUCCACCAGUGAGUAUCACUGAGUAGUAACUAAUGCUGUAGUCAAACCAGCAGUGUUGUAAUUCAAGAACUAAUCUCAGAUAACCUAAAAUAAGCAGGGGAAACUAAAGGAAAACGUAUCAACAGCUUACUUGAUGUACAACAAGACAUUUCAAGAUGUGAGGUGGCAGAUGGAAGAAUCCACAGUGCAGAUAAUAGGGAAGGGAUGUGCCCUCACAGGAGCAAGCAUGACAAAAACUUGGUAUGUCAGACUACAAACCACCCUGAAGCCCAGUUGAUUAGAUGAGAAAGAUAUCGUAGGACUGCAGUUACAAAAGAACGAGAACCAGCUAGAAAUCACAUUUUUCUGAGUCAGCAUUUUAAAAUGUAAUUCAGAUGCUGUGGGACAGGAAGCUUUGGAUACAAUUCUUGUAAUUGUUAUGAGGCUCUAGUGAGACAGUAGUUAAGGAUGCUGGCUGAUAACUAUAGUGCAUAAUAAUGUUAUUAAAAAGUGAAUGUUGAGGUGUCGUCUUUGGGAAAUUAUUUUAUUAAUUUUAAUGAAAAUUACAGGUGUUCAGUUAUUUUACUAAAUGCUACUCACCAGAGGUUUGUGUAUGCUUCAAUAUGCCCAUGGAUUUUGUAGGCAUGUGGAAGUCCAUGUUAAUUUCAGUAGCAGGAGAUUUUAUAACUACUGUAUACCUUACCAUUCAGUCAAAAAUGAGCUUCAAGGAGGAUUUACAACAGAAUAGUAAAAGCAAUCAUAAAACCAUAUUGGAUCCUUGAAUGAAAAGGAGUUUGUACACACAUUGGCUUCUCCUGUGGGAAUGCUGGUGACGUGGAUAAUGCAUGUGUUAAAAGUUCUCUGUCCAGAACAGGUCACUGUACUGGGUUGUGACAAAUCUGUUCAUGCAAAAUCAUGAGGUAUGACAGGCUGCAACUCAUCUUUUGUUAUUUCCUCUGAGUCAAGAGUAAACAGUUACUUUUCUCUUUAUGAUACCUACUUUCUUUGUCCCUCAUCCUUAUUCCUAAUCUUAAUAAACCUUAUUAAUUUGGAAUCUAGAGUUUGACUGUAUACCGUAUUUUUCGCCCUAUAGGACGCACUUUUUCCCCUCCAAAAAUGAAGGGGAAAUGUGUGUGUGUCCUAUGGGGCGAAUACAGGCUUUCGCUGAAGCCUGCAGAGCGAGAGCGGUCGGUGUGCACCGACCCCUCUUGCUCUCCAGGCUUCAGGAAGCUCUGCGCAACCCUCGGGAGCCCGGCGUGAAGCCGUGCCGGGCUCCUGAAGGUUGCGCAGAGCUGCCUGCGCUCCCGGGCUCGGCGCAGCUCCGCACAACCCUCCGGAGCCUGGCGCAGCUUCAGCAUCUCUCUGGGACCCGUUCUGGGGGCUGGGGUCGGGGGAAGCUCGGGCUUCCCCUGCCCCAGCCCCGCGCCUGUGGGGGGGAAUAAAAAAUAUUUCCUUUAUUUCCCCCCCCCAAAAAAAAUCUAGGUGCAUCCUAUGGACUGGAGCGUCCAAUAGGGCGAAAAAUAUGGUACAUUUGGACAAGCCAAGGAUUUCCCCACUGCAUGCCAGAUAAGUCUUUCACGCUCUUUGACCAAAGAGAGGAAAAGGGAAAUGGGCUGGACUCACUCAUUGGUGACUGAGAGAUUUGGAUGAUAGUUGCUCCCUUCCAGAUAGAAACCAACAGAUAUUGACGUUCCCAUCAGAUAUAUGGAAGAAAGAAGAAUGUUGUAAGAAAGAAAGAAAGAAAGAAAGAAAGAAAGAAAGAAAGAACUGUAACAGGCUGGUUUUCCUUGCAGGAAAUCUGGGUGCACUUUCCAUUGACUGAUUCAGCCAUCCCAAAACAAGGCAUUUGGCCCCAUCCAUUGAAUGCUUGGUUUUCAAACAUCACCACAGUCAUGUAGGGUGGGGCAAAGUCCCAAGGAAGAUCUUUGUUGUAGUUCUACUCAUGGCUGUAGCUAGGGGGUGGUGAGGAUGGGGCGAGGGGGGCGUAAAAUCAGCUAAAAUAUGUCCAUAAAUAUGUCUAUAAAUAAGAGCUAAUUUGUUCUUGUCUAGGGGGCGCAAUCUGAAUGGUUCUGCCAGGGGUGCAAGAUCACCUAGCUACGGCUCUGGUUCUACUACCAAAUAUUCUCCUCUGAGUCUCAUAAUUUUCAACAUUCAAUUUUAAAGAUAAAAUAAGUGUCGCUGAUUCAAAAACAAGUAGGCAACUCUAUGAAAAUAUUUCUAUGUGGGAAAAUAUAGUCUGUGCUAAAAGUGAUUUAAGAAAAGACAGGAGCCACUAAAGAUAACAAAAAAACCACAAAAAAAGUUUAGACUCUUGGAGCAUGUGGGAAAAGGGUAUUGUUGAAAAAGCAAUAACUAAUUUUAUGGUCUAGCAAGUUUGCUGGUUUUUUGGCAAACUGCCCAUCUGUCUCCUUUACUUUAGGUUGUAAGCUGUGACAGAGAAACUGUUCUAAGCAGGUAUCUACAUUGUCUAAAAAUCAAUGCUUGAACACAGGAGAAUUUCCAUCUCAGAUGCAUAAUAACCCAUUGCCUUUUGCCCCUAUGUAAUGUGGCUGAUUGGUGACAUAUAAAACACACCCAAUUUUUUAUUGUUCUCCUUCACCCUAAUAUUUAUCUGCAACUGUUUUUUUUUUUAUAAUUACCCAUUUCAAACAAGACUUUUUAUUUUGCCAAUUUUCUUAGUGCUACGUUCUGGGAGCAAAAGCAACAACAAAAGCUGUUUUAUAUAUUCUGUUUGUAACAUUCAAAAUCUGUAUCUUAAUCCAAAAAAUAACGUCCAAAUUUAGUGCAAAAUGUCUGAAUUUAGAUAGUCAUGGUUUAUUCAAGGUUGUAUUUAAGAUAAUAUUUCCUUAGAGAAGUUUGAAAGAUGUCUAAUAUGGUGAUUAUGGAGCAACUCAAUUUGACAUUGAUACCAGAAAAGAUCCUAGAACAGAUAAUUACAGUGUCAGUCUGUGAGCACUUAGAAAAAGGAUGUUUUGAUUACUAAGACCCAGUAUGGGUUUCUCAAAAACAAGUCUUGCCAGACAAAUCUCAUUUCUUUCUUUCUUUUUAAUAUGAGUUAAAAGCUUGGUGGAUCAGGGAAUUGCUGUGGGCACAUUUCACUAAGGCUUUUGACCAAGUCUCCCAUUACAUUGGUACCUCGGGUUACAUACGCUUCAGGUUACACACUCCGCUAACCCAGAAAUAGUGCUUCAGGUUAAGAACUUUGCUUCAGGAUAAGAACAGAAAUCGGGCUCCGGCAGCGCGGCGGCAGCAGGAGGCCCCAUUAGCUAAAGUAGUGCUUCAGGUUAAGAACAGUUUCAGGUUAAGAACAGACCUCUGGAAUGAAUUAAGUACUUAACCCGAGGUACCACUGUAUAUUCUUGCAGAGAAUCUGGUAAAAUGUGGUCUGGAUGAAGUAACCGUUAGGUGGAUUUGUAACUCAGUAAUGGUUCCUCAUCAUCCUGGGAAAAAAGUGACAAGUGGGGUGCUACAGGGUUUUGUUCUAGGGCCGUUGUUCAACAUCUUUAUAAACUACUUGGAUGAAAGAAUUGAGGGGAUGCUCAUCAAAUUUGUGGGUAACACCAAACUGGGAGGGGUAGCUAAUGCUGCAGAAGAUAGAAUUGGGAUUUAAGAUAACUUGAACAGAUUGGAGAACCAAGCAAAACCUUAACAAAAUGAAUUUGUACAGGGUGGUGAUUCCAGGGGUCUUCCUAACUUCAUGUGAUUUUGCCUUGACAUGUGGACCCACAGAACAUAACCCCCAUGUAAUUUGUGGGCCUACUGUCCAUAGGAGCUGGAGGCUGAACCCUUUUCUGGUUUGUAGUAAGGUCCUGAUCUAAGCAGCUGCUUCCACAUGCUUCCUCCAACUCCAGCAUAGCCUCAAGUACGGUUAGAUGAGCACUUUGCUGGUGACUGAAGUUUGUGCCUCAUUCACUGUCUUCUCCAUUCUUGUAGUCCUGGGGGAGUAGCGUAGUAGUGGUGACUGAGACUAGCUAGGGACCUGGCAGCUGCCAUGAGGACUUACAGUCCUGGAACUAGAGUGCCCAAAUCUGGCUCCUCAGAAAAAAAUAGUAUUUGGUAAGCUGCUGGAGAAUCCUGCUGUCUUUGCUCCUCUCCUGAGGAGACCUCAGGUUUGUGGUCCAGGCAGGGCUGAGCCUUAACAUGCUUAUAUAGAACUGACUGAUUAUGGCAGACCAGAAUAGCGUAUUUAGCUUCCAUCUUUCUUCAAUAACUUGCAUGGAUUUCAUUAUUCCUCCACUAAUUUUAAAUUCAGAAUAUUCGGGGAUGGAGAAAAAUAAGAUGGAGAAAAUAAGUGUUUUGCUAUAACAUUGAGAGUUCUCCAGAAUGGAUUUUUCAUAUCUUCUUGAAAAUUCUCACAUCUCUAUCCAAGUCGCCAACCACUUCUUUUAAAAAGAAUUCAUAUUACCAAAAUUUCAAUUCAUUCAUUGUAUUUUAGUUUGGCAUUUAUUUAAGCCUCCUUGACCCUAAACAAGUGAAGUGCAAGCUGACUGUACUUAAAGCAAAUAAGUGAGAUUUCCUUUUCACAUAUUGUAUUUAGGAUUGGUUGUUACUGUGCCAGGUAUGACUUAUAUUCAAGGUCAAAUUGUCUUAAACAUCUGCAUGUUUCCUAGUAUCAGGUAGCAUAUUUUUUUUCCUGUGGGAACUUCUUUCUUUUUUGGACAAAAUGGCACAGCUGAGUAAUCAAAGGAAUACAAAUCAAAGACAACUUCACAUCAUUGUGUAAAAGGAUAGGGAAAGGUUUAAAAAACAAAACAAAAACCUACACAGCUUCCUUGUUUAGUUUAGCACUUGGUUGUCUAUCUCGAUCUCUUGUUUUCUCUGAGUCUUGAUUGGUAUUUUUAAAAAACUUGUUAGGCCUCUUUCAUCAAAGAUGAAGGCACAGGAAAUGACCAUGAAUAGGGUUUAAAAGCCAAUUAAUUCGUUUGCAAUUUCUCUUAUUCAAGUUGCAAGUUGCAAGUUGUUUACAUUGGGCCACCAGUCUAAACUAUUUAAUUGGGGAACACAUUUUGCUUAGGCUGAGGUCACAUAAAGACUAUGGCAACAGUAUCUUGUUCAAAACUCAAAGCAAGCAAGUCCUCUUCAGAUAUCCCAGGGGCACUCUUGCCUUUAAAGCUGGGGCAAAGCGCUGUGGUGGCAGGUUGCAGCCUUAUUGUACCAUUUGUUUACAUGUCUGAACCAUACUCAUGUGUGUACAAACCUAGAGGGCAAAGAAAGUAGUGCAUAUGUAGAUGCAAUGUAGCAUGUAUGGUGAAUGGGACGUGCUGUGCUCCCCUGGCCUGCAUGUAUUCACAUAUGUGUAUGUGGUACAUGGCUUGUGUGAGCCUUGUGUGUGUGUUGCAUGGCACAUAGUCACCACUCCUUUGGCCUCUCUUGGCAGAUAGACAUUCCUUUUUCUAUGGCGUACUUAACCGAUGCUAAAGGCGCAGUCCUAACCCUAACCCUAGAUCAUCUGGGAUGAGUGAGUGAGGAUGUGGCAGGACUCUAGCUCAGCCUACAGGUUCUCAGCACAGCCAGACUUUGUCUCCUUGAGUCCUCAACCCCAGGUCAGCCAGAGACAUGAUGGGAGCAUAACUCACUAAUCCUGGCUCAUUGAGCUAAUCCAUCUGAGCCAAGACUUCUGGAAUUUACACUAGCAUAAGCCCUGAAAAAUGGGUGUUCCAGGGGAGCGGACGGAUGGGACCGGAUAGGGAGAUUUAUGCUUGAUCCUAACAGUUCAUCUCAGACGUGUGACCUGCAAAUCCAGUGAACAAACACAGGCAAAAAGGGUGGUGUAAAUCAAACUCUAUUUCCAGUUUUCCAUCUGCCCUACUUCCGCUGCCUCAUCUGGCAGUAACCCCACUCCUGAACAAAGUUUGAAACUGGCAUACUGUACUUAACACCGAUUUAGUUUAAGAUGGCACAGAUUACACUGGCUUCUCAUAUUUAGGAUUGCUUCCUAAUUGAGUUAAUGUAGGACAUGUUGCUUUAAGGCUAAGCACAUUUAAGAAAUCAACCCAGUGGUAACAGAAAUCUGAAAAAUGUGGGGAGCCCUCUCUGGUAUCAUCAAAUGGCUUCUAAAGGCACAAGUAAAAUAAAAGUGUAAUGAGAAAAAAACCAUUAUAAUUAUUAAAUGACCUUCCUUUUACUCUUUAGGUUUAUUUCCUGCCAUUUUAAACCUUGCUAGCAAUGCUCAUAUCAGCACCAAUGCUACUUGCGGUGAAAAGGGCCCUGAGAUGUUUUGUAAACUUGUGGAGCAUGUUCCAGGUCGGCCCCUACGCAACGCGCAGUGUCGGAUCUGUGACCACAAUAGUGCAAAUUCCAAAGGCAAGUUCACUACUUUAUACUUUUUUCUGGAUGUUCCAAGAGACACUGACUAUGGUAUUCAGCUGGUUCAAGAAUGCAACUGGUUUAGCCACAUGAACAAUCUAAAGUAAUCCCAGUGGAAGCAGUGGGGACUGAAACAACAAUUCUGUUUUUUAAAUUUUAAUUGUGUUAUUUUUGUCUAGAAUGCAUUUAUGUUCUGUGUGAAAGUUUUAUUCUAUCUGAAUUUAUGUUGUGCUUGUCCAUAUUACUCUCCCCCACCCCCCAAAACAUAAGAAGACACAGAACAAAGGCACAUCUGGGCCAGCAUACUUGUCUCAGAGUGGCCAGCUAGAUGUCUAUGGGGAGUCUUAAAAUAGGAGAUGACUAUAACAGCACUCUCCCCUCUUGUGCCCCCCAGAAGCUGGUACUCAGAGGCAUAUAACCUCCAAUAUUGGAGGUAGUAUUUAUUGUACAAAUUAAGGUUGGCGGCUCAAAUCCCCGUGACAGGGUGAGCUCCCGUUGCUCGGUCCCAGCUCCUGCCAACCUAGCAGUUUGAAAGCACGUCAAAGUGCAAGUAGAUAAAUAGGUACCGCUCCGGUGGGAAGGUAAAUGGUGUAUCUGUGUGCUGCUCUGGUUUUGCCAGAAGCAGCUUAGUCAUGCUGGCCUCAUGACCCAGAAAAACUGUCUGGGGAUAAACAUUGGCUCCCUUGGCCAGUAAAGUGAGAUGAGCGCCGCAAUCCCAGAGUCAUUUGUGACUGGACCUAACUGUCAGGGGUCCUUUACAUUUAUUUAUUUGUUUGUUUGUUUGUUUGUUUGUUUGUACAAAUUCAUAUACCACUUAUUCUUGUGUACACACACACACACACACACACACACAUUUAUCAUAAACAUACCAGUGGUGGGCAACAGAUGAAAUAAAAUGCAUAAAAUAAGAACACCAAAAACCCAUUUUCAAAGAUCUGACUCACAUAUCAGUGAACACUGGCUCAUAGCCACCAUGGGCUCAUAGUAUAUGACCUAUGUACUUUACUCGUAAGAUCGUAAUCAUGAUAACCGAAAACAGCAAAAGUGGAGGGGGAAGAGGGGAAACGUGAUCUUAAUUUGUUUUUGCUUAUUUUAGAACAACACCCUAUCUCAAAUGCUAUAGAUGGUACUAAUAACUGGUGGCAAAGUCCUAGCAUUCAGAACGGAAGAGAAUACCAUUGGAUAACCAUAACUCUGGAUUUAAGACAGGCAAGUAAAAAUUGUAUAAAAGUAUGUAGCUUUGGUGUGUUGCAUGAUCAAAGAAUUCCUACUUAUCUUUGGUUUAUAGAAAGUACAGUGGAGAGAGGUUAAGGGAAGGGUCUCUUUGGUAGACUGGGAGUUUGGGUUUUUGGUUUGUUUGUUUUUAAAAAAACUCCAAAAUGGUUGUCUGUCUUUCUUACACUUCCUAAUGCAUUACUUAAUGAAGGAUACGCAGGCACAGAACUUAAAAGCAUGGACUAUGCCUGGAAAGAGCAGAGGAAAGGUGUUGGUAAGUCCUUACUGCUGCACCAGAACAAGCUCACUGUGACCGUAUAAGUGCGUUUGACUGUUGGACUUACUGCACAAUUCUCAUCAGAGCAUCGGUUGUACUGGUGUAUGCAUUGGAAUUUCCCUUCCUCCCUUCCCCACACCCCAUCUGAUCUGUAGGAUACCCACCCCGCUGGAGUAAAUUUUGGGGGUGCAUGGGGACAGCAGGGGAGAGGAGAGGAAUGGCAAGUCCUGUUUGCAGAAGCGGAAGUCUGAUGUACAGGCAGGAUGCCACAAUAGGGAUAUCACUCUAAAUGAGUACUUGGAUGAUUCCUUAUUUAUUACAGUGACUUCUGCUGGAAAAACAAUAAUUAUGAUAAUACUCACAAUUUGUAUUCUAACAGGACCUAUAGUUGUCCUAAAUCCAUAUGAAUCACUUCUUUGAUAAGGGCAGGUUGCAGCUGGAAAUGAGUUCCAGCACCUACGGAGUAUUUGUGCGGAUCUCAUUAGGUCUUGUGGUUGAAGUUUGGUUCAGAACUGGUUUUUCUAGUAAUUACAUGAAGCUCUCUCUCCUACAGUGCUUGGAGGAAAUUUUUGUGAUUUGAGGGAUGAAGCUGAAUGUUGCUUAUGCCUUUAGUGCAUUUUUUAAAAAUCUAAAUCUUCAUAAUAUUUUGGAUCAUCAAGAUUUCUUUUUUUCAGCCUGAAGGAAAAAUUUUGGCAUGCUUUCCUGAGGCUAAUAGAAACUAACAGCGGAUUCUUGAGGGACCAUUUAUUGUGCAACUUUCUGUAUUAUGUUAUGUAUAGCAAGAUGCUUUGUAUGUACACGUCCUGUUUUAAUGCUUGUCCAUGACAUGCCUUGUCCUAAUGUAUGAACUUCUGAAAUUAUAGAAAUUUGAACUUUGUGAACUCUUGUGUAAAGGCCAAAUAGGAAAUAGCAUUUGAAGUUGGGGUUGUAUUUAUUUAAUUUAAGUGUAGGCUAUGGAAAUUGAGCUAAAAGCAAUUUCCAUUGCAAACAAGAGCAUUAAAAAUUUGAGAAAUAAUUAUAGACGUUAGAUAGUUGAAACCUGGGUUUUGAGCUACUCUGAAAAACUAUAUUUUCAUAGGUUAGUACUAAGUCUUGCAUUUCCCCCCUUACAUUUCUUGUAGGUCUUUCAAGUUGCCUAUGUGAUCAUCAAAGCUGCUAACGCUCCCCGACCUGGAAACUGGAUUUUGGAGCGUUCUCUGGAUGGGACUGAUUUCAAGCCAUGGCAGUACUAUGCAGUUAGUGAUACUGAGUGCCUAGUAAGAUACAACAUAACACCAAGGCUUGGGCCUCCUACAUAUAAGAGAGAUGAUGAAGUUAUCUGCACUUCUUAUUAUUCUAAGCUAGUCCCACUUGAACAUGGAGAGGUAGGUUUUCUUUUUGUUUGUUCAGAUGCCUCUUAUUCUUGGACAUGGGGGUAGUAAAACCACUCUGCUCUUAUGUUUAGUUUGAUAGUAAUAGGCUUCUUCAGAUUCUGGUCUUCUCUCUCCUCCAUCAAGAUUUAUUUGUCAUUGUUAGCAGCUGCAGCAGAUUUUGUUUCUGAAGAUCAGAAUCUUCCCAAUUUUUAAAAAAAUACUUUUUACUUAUUGUGGGAAAGCUUGCUUACAUUUGAGGAGGUUCAUUGUUGAUCUCACUCCAGGAAGAGAGGUGAAGCAGCUUCUGAACAGGAAGCCCACUCUUAUCUUUGAUGCUGCAGUUUAUAUGUAUAAAAACUUUGCACCUCUUAACACAUCUACAGUGGUGAAUUGUUGAGAGUUCCUGUUAUCUUGUGUAAACUUGGGCUCUGUUUUUUUUUUAAUGCUUUUCUUAAGGAUCACCUGAUACUUGAUCAUAAAAUUAAAAAUGCUGUCUAAAUAACUCUGUGUAGCUUGAGCUCUGAAGGAGGACUUGGCAUUGUUUCAAAGAGAGAGCCUAAUUAAAAGAGCUAUGCAUUGUGCAGGUCAACAGUUGAUUGUUCUUUCUUUAAAGCAAGCUCUGUUCAUAGUGGUUCUGUACUAUAGAUCAGAGAGCCAGGCCAGCGACAUCAGGAAAUGAGGCUCUAAAAUCUGUGACUAGUUCACUGUGAAUGUCUGUCUUUAUGCGUUGACCUUAUAAAAAUAUCCACUAAGAGAACAAUUCCAAAUUCUUUCUUAGACUGAAAGCUGUCAGAGUUCUGAAUGUGUUUGGGACUAAAAUGCUAUCAACGUUAUCUUUUUUAUAUGUUACUUUAACACUUUAGGCUAAAUGUGCAUAUACAGUCAUACCUCAUGUUACGGACGCUUCAGGUUACAUGUUUUCGGGUUGCAGACUGCUAGAAACCUGGAAGUACCGGAAUGGGUUACUUCUGGGUUUCGCUGCUCGUGCAUGUGCAGAAGCGCUAAAUUGCGCUUCACGCAUGCGCAGAAGCACCAAAUCGUACCUGCGCAGACGUGGCGCUUCAGGAUGCAAACGCUGUGGGUUGCGGACGUGCCUCCGUUACAAAUUACAUCCGCAACCCAAGUUUCCACUGUAUAAGCAAGUAUGUCAUGUGAUUUUUAAUGGGAUGUGUAAAACAACAUUUGUAGCAGAAGCAUAAUCUGAAAUUAAUUUGGGUACCUUAGUUCAGAUUCCAGGAUGUUUAGCUUAGCCCUUGUCUCCUUCGCUGAAGGGGGUGAAAUCUGUUGAUUGAAGCCUAAGAAUGUAUUCAACUAAGGUUUGUUCAGAAUAGAUCUGUGGAAAUUAACUAAUGAUUAAGUUAAGUCAGUUAAUUAUUGUCGGUCUCCUCUGAGUAAAACUUAGUUGAAAAUCACCCUAAGAUUGCUGAGUAUUUUAGAUUGUCUGAAUCCAAUUCUAAAUAAACUUACUAAGGAGUAAAUUCCAUUGAUUUCAGAAGUAAAUUACAAGUCAACAUGUUUGAGUUCUUAGAACAUUUCACAGGAGAUACUAACUAAUUUUCUGAAGGGUUAUAGCCUAAGUACAAAACAGUCACAAAAUAUAUUUUUAUUGUGUAGUAAAAAUAAAAUAGAAAAAGUUUAAUUCAUAUAUAACCUUAGGUGACUGCAUUAGAUUCCAAAGAUCUGGGGUGACCAAGGGCUGCCCCACUAUGUUGUGCUUGAGAAUACAUUGAAGACUGUGGGGCAGCUUUUGUUCUUCCUGUGUAUCUUUUUAUUCCCUAGAUUUUCUUCCUCUAGCUCAUCUAGUUGGGUAUAUAAUGCAUUGCAUGGGAAUCAAAACUAGCAUUGAAGCAUUGGUAUGAAAGUUCAUAAAAUGCUGAGGGCAAGUACAUUCCUACUCUCCCAGUGAGUGUUUCAUUCUGCAUCCCUAUGCCAGUGUUUUAGCUGCAGGCCUGCUUUCCUUUGCCCUCGUCCUGCAGAAGCCCAUUAAAAAAUGCGCUCUCAGCAUUUAAUCUGCGGACUGGAAAGCGAUUUCUGUGAGAUGUGAGUUAUAAAGUAAUUCAUUCAACACCCUUCAUGAGGACAGCAGUGAGCAGGAAAAGCACAACAGUGUAUUGAGCCUGGUAACUACUUUACAGACAUGCCCAGCUUGUAUUGUGGUGUUGUGGCGGAGGCAACUGUGGGAUGGGUGCGGAGGUUGAUUUUAAACUUUUCACCCAGAAGGUAUUUUGAAAUGUCGACGUGUUAUUUACAGGCUUAUACAGAAACCAUUAUUUCUUUUUAGAUCCAUACAUCAUUGAUCAAUGGUAGACCUAGUGCUGAUGACCCUUCACCAACAUUAUUGGAGUUUACUUCUGCACGGUACAUCCGGCUUCGAUUACAACGUAUAAGAAACCUUAAUGCGGACCUCAUGACCCUUAGCCACCAUGAUCCUAAAGAUCUUGAUCCUAUUGUUACCAGAAGGGUAAGGUAGAUGCUUUCUUCUGGGUUUUAACCAACCAUAUGAAUUGGAUAUGUGUUAUAUCUGGGUGAUACUCAACAUCUAGGUAAAGGUAAAGGUACCCCUGCCCGUACGGGCCAGUCUUGACAGACUCUAGGGUUGUGCGCCCAUCUCACUUAAGAGGCCGGGGGCCAGCGCUGUCCGGAGACACUUCCGGGUCACAUGGCCAGCGUGACAAAGCUGCAUCUGGCGAGCAGCGCAGCACACGGAAACGCCGUUUACAUUCCCGCCAGUAAGCGGUCCCUAUUUAUCUACUUGCACCCGGGGGUGCUUUCAAACUGCUAGGUUGGCAGGCGCUGGGACCGAGCAACGGGAGCGCACCCUGCCGCGGGGAUUGGAACCGCCGACCUUUCGAUCGGCAAGCUCUAGGCGCUGAGGCUCAACAUCUAGUUCUACUCAAAGUAGACCCAUCGAAAUUGGUAAAUGCACUUAAGUGGGUCUGUUCCAAAUAUGUCUUGAUGAAAGAUUGAAACCCAUUGUGGGACUUAAGUCACAUGGUAAUUUUAUAAAGCAGCAUUCUCUCAUAGGCACUAUGUCAUUUGAAUGCAUCCCAAAGUGCGGCAGGUUCAGAUGAAGCCCCUCAUGUGUUAAAAGCAUGUAGGCUAGUCACAUGCACCCUCCACAUUUGCCAGCUAUUUGUCCACUAGCAGUAAGAAGAUGCCCAAUGAGUGUAAAAUUUGUCCAUGCGGCGGGGAUUUCUGGGGCAUGAAUCUAGUUUAUUAUACAGGGUGAGUACAUUAAAAGAGGCCCCGUGGAUACAGAGUACACAUGUUCCACGGGGCCUCUUUUAAGAGACUCGCCCUGUACUAGUUAGUUAAUCAGUGUUAAAGCAGAGUUCCCCAUUUCAUAUGUAAUGGGGAAUUGCAUUAAAACAAAUCAGGCUCUCCACAUUGAAAGCGGUGUCCAAGUGGAAGAGGAGCGUGCAGCCUCAGUGAUCAUUUCUGGCUUCAUGAUCCAUGGCUUGUGAAGCUGGAGAUGUAUGUCCAAAGUGGAGUAAUUAGAGAUGUGAAGGCUGGGAGAGGGAACCCAGAAACAUUGGAGAUGGUGAGGAGUGGAAACACGCAGCCCCCACAUUCUUACAGUUCUUUUCCUAUUUGGUUCCUAAAAACUGAAAAACCAAACACAACACAAUUCCCCUAAAUUUAUCUUCUAUCCCCCUCCAUCACAACUCCAAGAAUACCCUUCUUGUUUAAUACCUUUUAUAUGGUACUUGUCUGUAUGCUAAAGAAAGAUUGCAUGAUACAGUUUAAACAAUACCUAGUUGUAGAUAUUAUUAUUAGUACAUGAUGUCAGAACUAUUGUUAUUUGACGCUAUAACCAAUGUAAUGUAUAAGUUCAACACAAGCUUGACAGAUGACAUAAAUCUACAUUUGAAUGCGUGGUUUGUCUCAUCGUGGGAAUCAAGGCAUGUCAGUGCUACAUUUGCUAAGCAAUUCUUCCUAAUUAUUAGUUUAACUUAGCUCUUCUGAAAAUAGCUAAAAUGAAUGUUGUCUAUUCUCAGAAAAAAGCCUCUGGACCAAAUUGAUCUCAUUAGCAUUCUCACAGAUGAGUGAGUUUUUCAAAAACCUUAUUUGGUUGUUACAUCAGUAUACCUGAAGCCAAAAUUAGUUCUGAGUUGAAUGAGUAAUUUAUGCUUCAAAUGAUUUACAUUCGUGCAGAGUUUUACUUUACUUGUAGUAGAUUAUGACAUAUAGCAUAAGAAUUGUGGGGCCGCAAGAAAAUUAAUAAAUUCUGAGGAUAUAUUCACAAAGAUUUGAAAAAAAAUGUUUAAAACUUCUAUAGAAAAGAAGCCAGAGGCAUACCUAUUGGGUAUAAUAGAAAAAGAUAUCCCACAAGAUAAGAAAAGACUAUUUUUAUAUGUGAUGGCCGCAGCCAGACUAGUACUUGCAAAAAAUUGGAAAGGGGAAACCAUCCCCACUAAAGAGGAUUGGCUAAAUAAAUUAUGUGAUUUUAUAGAAUUGGCAAAAUUAACAGCAGCCAUAAGAUACCAAACAAAUCAAAAAUUAAGAAUGGAGUGGCAAUGCUUUGAGGACUACAUGAAAAAACACUGUUCUAAGGAUAACAUGUUGAUAUGCAUAGACUAAGUAUGUAAAGGCAAAAUAGAUGAAAUUAAUAUUAGGAAUAUUAGAGAUAAUAUAUAAAAGAAGCAAUAUUAAUAAGAAAAUAUAAAGAAUGUCGAGUAUUGGUAGAAGUCACAUGGGGUAAUAGUAAUUUGCUUUAUUUUGUAUGUAGGUGGAAUGUUAUAAUGGUGUUUGAUGUCAUAUUUUUUCUUUCUUUUUUCCUUUAUUUUCGUAUUUGAAUAACAUUAAUAAUAAUUUUUUUUUAAAAAAGAAUUGUAAUGCUAGCAAAAAGAGAAAACCUGAUCCGCUGCUGCUGCUGCUGCUCUUGCUCUUUGUGUGUGUGUGUAUGUCAGGGAGAAGGGAGAGAAAGAAAUACCUGUUCAUUUACGUUUCCAUGAAUAAGUCCUGACUAGUAUAAACUUCACCUGAACUGAAAGAUUUGUUUGGUUUUUAAAAAAAAUAGAACUUUGGCACUUCUUGUUUCAAAUACUAAAAGGAAACUGAUUUUAUAAAUCAAACUUUGCUUUAUUUAGUACUACUAUUCAAUAAAGGACAUCUCUGUCGGAGGGAUGUGCAUUUGCUAUGGCCAUGCUCGGAGCUGUCCUUUGGAUCAAGUCACAAAGGUAUGUUUGUUUGCUUGUGUCACCCCCUCUGCAAACAUGCAUCCGUCUCAAGAAAAACAAAUUUCUGAAUACCGCUAAAAUGUUGCAGAAACCUGUUUUUAAUGUUACAGAAAUACAUCUUAGUUCAUUACUUGGUUGCUCAUUAUUUAGUGAGAUUAUAAAUGCCUGGGUCGUCUGCCCUCACUUCCAGCCCUUUCAGCCAUACUGGAAAGAUGUGUAUUACGCUGCAUAGGCUUUUGAAGUAGUGAAGCCUAUGUGGCACAGGUGUUACACUGACUGCGCGAGGAAGGCUUACAGGAUUAUUAGAACUAUACUUCCAGUGGAUCGUUUUAGGAUUGCAUAGGGAUAUAGAAAUAAAGAAACUAUGUUUCAGGAUGUGUACACCUUAUCAAAACUCUUGUUAUUUUGCAAGUCUUCCUUGCUCAUUCUUUCAGCUAUUUCCAUAUGCAGUGGUACCUCGGGUUACAGAUGUUUCAGGUUACAGACGCUUCAGACUCCGCUAACCCAAAAAUAGUACCUCGGGUUAAGAACUUUGCUUCAGGAUGAGAACAGAAAUCGUGCUCCGGCGGCGCGGCAGCACUGGGAGGCCCCAUUAGCUAAAGUGGUACCUCAGAUUAAGAACAGUUUCAGGUUAAGAACGGACCUCCAGAACGAAUUAAGUUCUUAACCCGAGGUACCACUGUACACACUUGAGCACAUUCAUUCAUUCACACACAGCUAACCUUUAAUAUACAAGUGUGUGUGUGUGUGUGUGUGUGUGCACGCACCUAUACAAUCAGCAGGAGAAAUGUUGCAAACACUAUAGCUUCAUACAGUCUCUACAAACUUGAAUAACUUCUCACCCACCAAAACUUCUUAGAGGUUUUUCUCUACCUCCACUUAUAUACUUCACUUACGAUCAUGACUAUGUGCACAACAGCAGUGUUAUCAUAUUCCAUUUCAGCUUCCCUCUAGGGUAGGUGUUGGUUUCAUUGUUAAACUGCUGUUGCCAUCAAUACAUUUAUCUUAAUGCUCCAUUGAAACCUACCACAUUGUAGCUUAAGCCCAUCACAUCUAGUUGUUCCCUUUGGGGCAGCGGAGAACAGGUCUCUGUUCUUUGUGACAGCACUUCAUGUACUUGAAGAGUUCUUCUCUUUAGCAACUUGCUCAUCUGGAAGUAAUAUUUCUACAUUUCCCAUAUAAAAUACUUCCUUCUCCCAGAAUUUCAAGUACAGUGGUGGUGUUGCUUUUAACAGUAAAUUCUGAAAUUGCACACGUGCACUCCAGCAGGCACACAUACUCUGCCUUGUUUUAUUAAAUAUAUUGAAGAAGAGGUGAAGAAUAACCCUAAGGUUAAGACACAGGGCAUUGAUCUCCUUCCCCCUCAUGGUUUUCUGUAAGCCAAGCAGUCAUUUUAUUUCAGGUGAUCUCCCACCAAGUAUUCAAAGCCCCAGGAUGCCUUCCUGGGAAGCAGGACAUAUCUGACAAACUGACAGUGGCUCUCAUUGGCCAGAAAAAGCCAGGAGCUCUUUAAAAGCUGAACUUUCAUUGGAGUUUUGUCCCUCCCAGGUGGCUGGCAUAGCAAAUAGGCAUUCCCUCCUUUCUCCUAAUCUUCCGUCCCAUCUAGCAAGAGCAGCAGGGCUGUGGAUGCAGUGAUGGCUGUGCUGCUUCAUUAAGCCCUACUGCUGCUGGUCAAGGGUUUGGAUUGCACUUAAACAAACAAACAAGUGAUAAGGGAAGGGGCGAGUCAGAGGUACGCUCCCUAACUGCUGACAAUUCAGACAUCCAUACUUAAAUAUUGCAGGGCCUUGUGAAUGUUUGUCAGUCAUCCACCAGCAACUCCCACUGCUCUCUCUCUAUUUUAAAAUAACUUACCCCUCACUCUGCCCCCUUCCCUUCUCUCUCCUUUUACCACUUUUUACACUGUAGUUUCCCUGAACUACAUUGCUUCCUACAGGUUGAAUGAGUUUCUGCUGCUCUUCCAAGAUAGAUUUUUAUACCAUGGCAAGAUGGUCCUAUACAAACCUAUAGGCUGCUCUAAAUGUUUAAAAGCUAGUUCUAAGAUCUCAGGUAAAGAGGCAUUUUUGUUUCCAAGGCAUUAGGUAAUAGAGCUGUGUCAUAAUUUGCUUUUAUUUAGAAGCUUCAGUGCCAGUGUGAGCACAAUACCUGCGGUGAGAGCUGUAACGAGUGUUGCCCUGGCUACCACCAGGCCCCGUGGAGACCAGGAACCAUUUCUGCUGGCAACAAAUGUGAGAGUACGUAGCACUAAAAUGAUGCUUCUCUAUACACUUGCCUUAACAUUGGCUAGGUAUGUAAUCCAGCCACCACUGAAGCCUGUGGAAUGGCCAAGUAGGUGAACCUGCCUUAAUUUUUUAAAAAAAUAUAUGACGUACUUGUGUUUCUAAUAUUAGCGCUACAGGGACUGUUAGAUCUGCACUAGGCUUGUGAAGCUAGGAGUUUGCAGAUCUGCCAUGACUAUUUUUGGUUUUAAAUUACAAGUUUACUGCACCCCACCACUUUUUAACAUUAUCAUCCAUAUAUGAUUUCCAAUGGCACUUGCUUUCAAAUAGUAUGUCUUUGUAAGAUCUUAAUUGAUCUCUGUGUCCCUGAUUCAGUGACCCCUAAUGAGCACAUGGUGUCCCCUAAUAUGCACACACAACUAGAUGCAUGAUGGGUUGCCUUGUUUUCUGAUGUGACAGCAGUGGUAUAUAUUGGUUCCUCUUCACAUAUGGGAAACUGUGCCUUUGAACUAUGUAAGCUGUUAGUAAUGGUUUCAUUAGAUGCUUGUUUUAAUGUGUACAUGUACAAUAUGAAUAGGGCACCUUAGGACUGGAAGCUGAAUGUGGGCUUCAAGUCUCUUGAUCAGUCCCUCAGGGCUCUUAUUUGGGCCAUGAUACCCAUCACAGUUAGCCACACUCCUCACUUCCCUGUGCUCUGCAUCCCCACUAGUGUUUUUUUCCCCUGGCUGCAAAGCAUCCUUGAACUGUGCUUGCUUGGCUAGAGGAUGAACAGCUGUGACUGCACCCACUUCUGCUAUGUGGCCCUUAGAAGGUUGCCCAUGAAUGAAUGUGGCCCUCAGGCUGAAAAAAGUUUCUUGCCCUUGCUGUACAGCAUUAACUUUAGCAAGUAUCACCUGACUAUUUAAUGUCUUCAGCUUGUGCUGCAGAAAUAUACUCUGAACUACAUUUAGUAGUUGCAGGGAAUCAGAUGCUCCUGUUCUAGUAGUUCAUUUUGAAGAACUCUGCAGGACUUCUUAUGCUUUAAAAUGUAGAGUCACAAGAAAAUUAGUAACCGUGUUUUAUUCAUGCUUUACUUUUUCAACAAUGAGAGAAGUUUAGAAAGCAAGGAGGAAGAAGCCAGAAUACUAUUAGUAAUUAUGUACUUUAAUAAAUAGUGAAACUUUUAGAUCAGUGUGAACUGCAUAACACAGUUUUUAAAAAGCCAGUACUGUAUAUAUUAGCUGCUACAUGCACAGUAAGAAGCCAUAUAGUACAGAAAACGUUCAGGGUUUUUUUCCCUACUGUUUAUAUGUUUAACUAUGCUUUAUUUUUUUAAAAAUGGAAAGUAAAUUUCUUUAUUUAUUUUUAGGAUGCAACUGUCAUAACAAAGCAGAAGAUUGUUAUUAUGAUCAGAGUGUAGCAGAUCAGAAAAGAAGUUUAAACAUUCACGGCCAGUUCAAAGGUGGCGGAGUGUGUAUAAACUGCACUCAACACACCACUGGAAUAAACUGUGACAUGUGUACUGAUGGUUACUAUAGGCCACAUAAAGUAAGAGGAUUUUAUGAACAUAUGUUCUGCUGCUUUGAACUGUGCUAAAAAACAUCACUUAUUUCUUUCAGCCCAUUUCUGGUUGAUUUUUGCAAUACCAUGUGAUUAAAAAAAGCCAUAACAAAGGGAAGGUUAGUAAAGGUAAAGGGACCCCUGACCAUUAGGUCCAGUCGUGACCGACUCUGGGGUUGCGGCGCUCAUCUCGCUUUACUGGCCGAGGGAGCCAGCGUACAGCUUCCAGGUCAUGUGGCCAGCAUGACUAAGCCGCUUCUGGCGAACCAGUGCAGCGCACGGAAACGCCGUUUACCUUCCUGCCAGAGCAGUACCUAUUUAUCUACUUGCACUUUGAUGUGCUUUCGAACUGCUAGGUUGGCAGGAGCAGGGACCGAACAACGGGAGCUCACCCCGUCACGGGAAGGUUAUUAGCAGAAAAAUGGCAGAGUAUACUGAGGUUGUAUCCCUGCAAGCCCUAUGAAAUACUUUGUUGUAACUCUUAAUAUGUUGCUGUAGCUGUUGGUCAUAUUAUAUAAACUCAUAACAGUUGUCAAGGAGUAAUCAGCAGUAGCAAGUGACUGGCAGCAGUGGUCUGCAGGGCGUUGCCAUUUAUCUGACUUCCCAUCACCAGCUUCAGUGUGGCUUACUAGGAGAGAGGCAAUGUAGUGGAAUGGUUGGUGCAAUGCAAGCAUACCAGUGGAGCCAAUCCACUGUGCCCACUAGUACAUUUGCACCACUAAUCUCACUGCUGCUUUGCUGUUCCUUCUCUCCCUUCUGGCAAGCUGAAGUGAUGUCAGUGAUGGGAGGACAUGCAAUUGCCCCCUCUCCUCUGGCUGGCUUCCCUCUUGAAUCCCUUCAGCCGGUGUGAGCAAAUAAGUACAAGCUGUACAGACCCUUUUGGCAACUUCUGUUGCCCUCCAGAAAUUUUGGACGGCAGCUGCCAAUAGCUCCAGGCAGGUUUGGGAAAGCUACCUUAGGGUCUAUGACACUUCAAAAACUCCUGGAUUGCUUUCAAACAAACAUUCCUUUUCCAAAACAUCCCACAGCUAUGAUGGCCAGUUUGAAUGCUACUCCAUUCAUGCCUACAACUCCUUGUUUUCAGUUUCCUCCCACAAGGACUAAAUUAAUCACAAUAUCCUGUUGAGUUGUGUGUUGUACUACUGUGUGCAUUGUCAUGCCAUAUCAUCAUUAUCCUCAGACAACAAUAAUUAUGCACGCUCACCAGCAUCUUAUUAUUAACGUGAACAAAAAUAUUAACUUCUUUUAGGUGUCUCCCUUUGACGAUAACCCUUGCUUUCCCUGUAAAUGUGAUAUAUUUGGGUCCCUUGGUUUUGACUGUGUUAAGGAUGAUGAUCAUGCUGACCCACAACAUGGUAAGUGACUGGAAAAUACAUUUUCUCUAAAAACUAGUCCAGCUAAUAUUUUUUGUAACUGGGAAUUCUAUGUGAGGAAACACUGGAAAUAAGGACCGGUUCAAACAUGUUUAGAUUUUUGCCUGGAUUGUAGUUACAUGCAUUUAGAAUGGGAUUUAUUAGCAAUUUCAGCUGGAGAUUUGGCAAAUCCCAUAGGAUAUGCAGGGAAUGAUUGGUGGUGGAUUUUUUUUUAAAAGGGAACCUGUUAUGACAUGAGACAAGUGUGAGGUAGGAUGAAAGCCAGGACUGAGGAAAUUGGGCCCAGGAAUUCAGGCUUGAUGCCACUAACUGCUAGCUGAGGAUUUGUGCCCGUGUAACUGCUUCUGCUAGUGCAAGGCAAGGCACUCAGUUUUCACCAAUUUUCCCUACCAAUUGCAAUGCUCUAUGGCAUAUCCUGUCUUGCACUAGAAGGCCCUGCAAACCUGAGGAAAAGUUCUUUGGGAGCACAGGGUUGGAGAGAUUAGGGCGGGAAAUCAGCUGCCCUGCCUUAAGGAAACACUUCCCGUAGCACAAAGCAUAACUGGAACAACCCUUAGUAAUUAGGCCCAUGGGUCACUUAUAUCGCAGAAAAAGGUUGCUGAGCUCAAACCUUUCCCAGACUUCUUGCACUUGCUGAUACUGUAGCAUGCUGCAUAAGGCUUCUGUCAUGGUUCUAAUGCUUAGGGAGCAAAAAAUGAUAUUUAUCUGCAUGUGAUAGGUCUUCCUCUUUUUCAUCCUUUUCUCCUUUUUCAAGGUGUUCAGCCUGGUCAGUGUCGCUGCAAGGAAGGUUACGCAGGAGAGAAGUGUGAUCGCUGUGCCUUCGGCUACAAAGGUUAUCCAAGCUGCGUGCAUUGCAACUGUAGCCUGGUUGGUAGCAUUAAUGAUGACCCAUGCACAGAACCUUGCCUUUGUAAAGUAAGCGUACUACUGAUUUUCAGUUUGAUUUGUUAUGAACUUUGGAGUGGGAUUUGUAAAUUAAUUUAAUAAGGAAAACAUUUCUGUUAGUGGUAAAGAUCACAUCCUGUGUAUAGCAAUUAACUGCGGCUUAGGCAAAAAUCUCUCUGGGGUGGGGAUUUGAGUUAUGAUUCAUGGUAUAUCUGUCACAAAUUUCAGGGAGGCACUACAUGUCACAUGGUGUGAGAGAAUUAGUAAAUGCAGUUGAGGGUGGAGAAGGGUGACUAGAAUGAACAGCAGACAGUUAAGUCAAGGACAGCAACUUAUUUAGCAUUGAGGAUGGCACUGGAAAUGUUUGCUGAUCACUUUUACACAACUAUCAAAGUGGGAGGUCUUGAUGCUUACUUUUCCUUACAUUCAAUGGGAACUGAUGUUCUUUGGAUUAACCCAAAACUUAUAAGCCAUAUGGAACUUCAUAUUUCCAAUCCUAAAUUAACAUGCUUAAUUUUACUUGUAUAUGUCAAAAUAAGAAAUUGGUCAGAUGAAGGUUAAAAAUAAUGAUGAAAUGCAUUAAUACUAAUUCUAGGACCAUCAGUCAAUCAUUAUGCCAGGAUUACUUCUAACCUCUAGUGUAUGCUGGUUAUUAUUGUGAUGAUAACAGAACAAAUAUUGCAUGUAUUUCAUAGGAAAAUGUUGAAGGAGAAAACUGUGACCGUUGCAUGCCAGGAUUCUAUAAUCUCCAAGAAAGAAAUCCCCAGGGCUGCACUGAAUGUUUCUGUUUUGGGGUUUCUGAUGUCUGUGAAAGCCUUCCAUGGCCCAUCAAUCAGGUAUGAUCUUGCUAAUGUUCCAUGUCCAAAGACCUCAUUAGUUUUUCUCAGGCAUCCCCAUAAAUGUACUUCAAGGCCUAUUGUUUAGUGGCAGAGCACAUGUUCUACAUGCAGACAUGCAGACAGUGCCAGGUCCAAUUUUCCAGGCAGGUCUGGAAAAGACUCCUGGCUGAAACCUUGGAUUUCUGCUUCCAAUUAUAGUAGAAAAUACUGAGCAAAACUUCCUGUCUAUCUUAUUUUAUGACAGACAGCCCAUCUCCAUCCAAUUUCACAUAAGCAGGCCGUACCAAGUAAUAAAGUUAAGAGUGUAGUAGUAGUGGUAGUAGUAAUUUUUAGUUAUUGUUAGUAGUUAUUAAUAGUAGUUAUAAUUAGUAGUUGUUGUUGUUAUUAUUAUUAUUUAUUUAACCCCACUUAACUGAGUGGAUUGCCCCAGCCACUCAGGGUGGCUUCCAAGAAAAUAUAGGGGAACACAACAAAACAUCAAAUAUUAAGAGCUUGGCUGCCUUCAGAUGUCUGUGAAAACAUGGCUGCCUUCAGAUGUCUAUGAAAAGUCAUAUGGUUGCUUACCUCUUUGACAUUGGGAGGGUGUAUCACAGGGCGGGCACAACUACUGAGAAAUCCUGGUUCCCUGUAAUAUCACUUCUUGCAGUGAGGGAACUGCCAGAAGGCCCUUGAAUCUGGACCUCAGUGUCUGGGCUGAGCGAUGGGGGUGUAGAUGCUCCUUCAGGCAUACUGGGCCGAGGCUGUUUAGGGCUUUAAAGUUCAGCACCAACACUUUGAAUUGUGCUUGGAAACAUACUGGGAGCAAAUGUAGACCAGGUUCAUGGUUUGUUCAGAGAGAAACCAGCUUAUUUUCACUGUGGUUUAAUGGGUUGUGUGAAUCAGACUGUGGAAGCCUGAUGGAUACAGGUGUUCUGAGGGAGCCAAUUGCAGUGGUGAAUUGGACCAUGCACACAUCUCUUCCUGCCAAGAGUACAUAAAACAAUUUUCUGUAUGAUCCUUUUUUUUCCUGUGCCCCUUUGGGAGAUAAUAGUGCCCUGUGCUUCAACAGUAAAGUUAAAGGGGCCCCUGACCAUUAGGUCCAGUCGUGGCCGACUCUGGGGUUGUGGUGCUCAUCUCGCUUUAUUGGCUGAGGGAGCCGGCGUACAGCUUCCGGGUCAUGUGGCCAGCAUGCCUAAGCCGCUUCUGGCGAACCAGAGCAGUGCAUGGAAACACUGUUUACCUUUCCGCUGGAGCGGUACCUAUUUAUCUACUUGCACUUUGACGUGCUUUCUAGGUGUGGUAAAUGAUGUUUUCUAGUUUAUUUUCCUUAAGGUGUCUUCUGUGGCUGGGUGGCUGGUGACUGCUCCACUUACCACAAAAACUGUACAGCCUCAACAAGAUCAGUUUGAUGGACCUCAUCAAAUAAGUAUUAAUAAUAUAGCAGCUGCAAAAAUACUGAAGUCUCCUUAUUACUGGUCUGCACCCAAGCCAUAUCUUGGAAAUAAAGUAAGUAUCCAAGGGAAAAUAGGUAGUUGUUGCUUUUGUAACUAUUCUAUAUCGUAUUACAGGGAUCUCCCAUCUUUUUGGGCCCAUGGGCAUCUGAGGAAUUUUGGGAGAGUGCCAUGGGCAUCAAACCCUUUAGUUUCUACUCUCCUCCCUCCCUUGGAUCACUCCUGUCCACCUAACAGAAACAGAAAGAGGAAGAGGAACAGUGUCUAGACAAACUCACACAAAUGGUUUUUUUAAUGGGUCUGGAUAAUAGUUGGAUCCAGUAGAAUUAAAAUGGACCCUUUUGAAUUUUUAUGAUUUAACAUGUGCCCCCCGCAACCCCACCACCACCAGGUUAAAUCUCCAUAGGUGAUUUACUGCACUGAAGGGGGAGCGGCAUCACCAAAAAGUUGAAACAAGCAAUGGAUCUUCAUGGUUUCUACAAAGAAUGUCAACAAAAACACCAACAAUCUUCAGAAUACAUCCGUGGGCGUGAAGAGCUAUUAUUUGUUGAUGAUUUUGAGGGGAAUCUUUUAAAAAAUUAGGAGGAUCUGUUAUGAUCUGUAUUGCCUCUCUCUCCCAUACUGACUCUGCAGCAGCCCACUUUCGCUCCUGCAAUCACUUUUUUUUUCUGCUCCCCACCUUGCAAUUGCCCCCCCUUUCCCUCCCACCCUUUGGGCUGCUCUGCUUUCUGUUCAGCCGCUCAGAUAGCAAUGAAAAGGGCACAAAAUUAAAAGAAGUAGUAAGGAAGAUCGUUGCUCUUUUAGCUUCCUCGUCCAGCUCUAUGCACUUAACAAGGGGUUGGGGUGGGCAAAGUAAGCAUGCACUUUCUACCAUGGCAAGUGGGACAGUGUUAUCUCUUAUUUGGGUGCAUGUUACAGGUAAAUUCUUAAUAGUGAGGAAUCCACACUGGUGCUAAAAAGUAAGAAUGGGGAAAUGGUUGUUCAGCCUACUGCGUGUAAGUUUUACUCUUCCCUGUUAUGCUGAAAACUUAUUUUUUAAAAAAAUAUUUACACUUUUAUUCUUUCAGCUCACUUCCUUUGGUGGUUAUUUGAAGUAUACUGUGUCCUAUGAAAUUCCCAUGGACAGUACGGAUAGUGAUUUGGUAUCUAAUGUGGAUGUUAUUGUUCAGGUAAUUUAAGAUUAUGUGAAUUGAAAUGGUGGUUGUAGACCAUGGGAUUCAAAGAGAAAGAAUGCACAAAACACAGGUGAACACGCAUGGAUGGUAGUCGUAUUGGUUGCUGGUUUCCCCCCCUCUUCUGGUGACAACUCUUGUGCGUCAUGGAAUGGCAAUAUGGUAGAUCUCAUAACCUUUUGAGUAUAGCUUGUUGGGGGUGGGAUAUUUGCUGAUGGGAAUGAGGAGGUCGAGAAGCUCCAGUGUGUUUAUGCAGCCCUUUGGAUCUUUGCCUUUAGAUUUAUUUAAACAAAUUAAAUGCAGUGAAUGGUGUAUUUGUAUUGCUUGACAUUUUGGUUACUGCCAGUUAGAGGAGUUUAAUUCAAAGCCUAAAGCUAUGAAUUUGAUAGUCUCCUUUGCCAUAAACCUACUAGGUGGCUGAAGGUAUAAGCCACAUUCUCCAGCCUUGUCAUUUCUGCAAUAUGGGGGUGGAUUUCAAUAAUAUAAUAUAUAUGAAGUCUUUUUAACACCUCAAAAGUGCUAUAUAAAUGGGUUAUACCCAGUAUCAGAGGGGACCUGUUGAAAUUAAUGAACCAAAAUUAGUCAUGUCCAUUAAUUUCCGUGGGUCCACUUGGAGUAGGACUAACAUUAGAUACAAUCCUAAGUUUUCCCUUCACUCAGUAAUUGACAAUGACUGAUUGCAAGUACACCAUUUGCUUCCAUGCUUGCAAAACUUGGGUGAGAUUAUAGAAUGCUUUAAUUCCUGUAUGUGUGAUCCUCUUGUGCUGAAUAUACAAAUAUAGGUUGGGAGGAAACUGGUCUUUUUUCGUUGCAAUCCUAUACCUAUUUACAAACCGGGAGGAGUCCUAUUAAACUCAGUAACUCAUAUUUCUGAGUAGUCCUAUAUAGGAUUGCACUGUUUCCUCUUGUCCAUAUUCAAAGCGUACUUGGUUUGCUGUGUAAAUUGUACACUAGCAUCCUCUACACGUAGUCAGUUUUGUUAAUACCUUGGUUCUAAACAUCUUAAAGGUAAAGGUACCCCUGACUGUUAGGUCCAGCCACGGAUGACUCUGGGAUUGUGGCACUCAUCUCACUUUAUUGGCCGAGGGAGCCGGCGUACAGCUUCCGGGUCAUGUGGCCAGCAUGACUAAGCCGCUUCUGGUGAACCAGAGCAGCACACGGAAAUGCCAUUUACCUUCCCGCCAGAGCGGUACCUAUUUAGCUACUUGCACUUUGAUGUGCUUUCGAACUGCUAUGUGGGCAAGAGCUGGGACCAAACAAUGGUAGCUCACCCUGUUGUGGGAUUUCAAACUGCCGACCUUCUGAUCGGCAAGCCCUAGGCUCUGUGGUUUAGACCACAGCACCACCAGCGUCCCCUCACUCCAUUGAUUUUGGUGGGAAUUAUUUCCAUGUGUUUAAAAUCAGAAUCUAGGUAUCCCUUGGACAUGGAUCAACUUAAACAGAAUUUUUCUUACGGAAUGAACUGUGAAAAGGUUGGAAAGUUGAUUCUGGAAUAAGAGGACAGUUCUUUGUAAAUGUUUCAUAAGUUAUAUGGUUAAACAAAUUUCCAAUUAACUUUUGUCAUGGAAAGCUCUAUACAGUCAUAUAUGUAUCAUUUCAGGGCAAUGGACAAAUUUUAUGUACAAGAUCUGAAGGGUUGUCUUUGCAACCAUAUGAGGAGUAUUCCAGCACUGUGCGGCUUGUGUCUGAAAACUUCGUUGAUUUUAAUACGAAGAAAUUAAUAGAUCGAGAUAUGCUGAUGACAGUUUUGGCAAAUGUUACCCAUCUUCUGAUCAGGGCCAGUUACAACAUUGCAAAAAAGGCUGUAUACAGGUAAUGGACACAAGAAGAAUCAGUUUAGAAAUAAAAUUUCUGUUAUGCCAGUUUAGUAUUCUUUGAUGAAAACAAGUCAGAAAAAGUUUCCAAAGUCAUAAGGCCUUAUUUAUGCUGUUCAUAAUUUUCUGUCACCAAAAUCCUAACUUUACCUAUGUCAGCUCUAAGUAUAUUGGUAUGUAUGUUUUCAGAUGUUUCACUUAAUUCUUGCCUAGAUCUUGACCUGAAGACUUUUGGAAAAUUAGGUUCCAAGAUGCUUCUUACUUAUGGGUGAAAUUUCCAGAUAACAAGGGGGACAGGAAUCCUACACCUUUAAUAGCUCUGGAAGAGGAAGUUUAAGAAGGCAACUCAUUAACAGAGUAUACUAGAGGUCCACAUAAAGCUGUUGCCAGUUCUUUGCAGAUUUAUACCUUACAAUUGAAAUUUUAUUCUGGCAAAGUGAAAGGCCUUUCCACAAGUGAAUUUUGCCCAUAGCCCAAGCAUUUACUUUUUUGCCAUCAUCAUCAUCAUCAUCAUUAUUAUUAUUUAUGAUGAGAGAGAACACACUGAACCCUCCUUGCCUGUGGUGAUAGAGGGUAUUAAAUAAAUUGGUUUCAUCUAGCACAUGCAUUGUUGACAAAGCAGUUCAUUUAUAAAAGACCAGUUGCAGAGCGAGAAGGAUGGACCUUCCUUUCUUGCAUCCUAUUAGGGCCUUUAAGUUGGAAAGUAUGUGCUUCUGAAUUCUAAUAAGCUGACAUUUUGUUAAUCAUUGUUCUGUACCAGACUGUGUGGAACAAGGAGACUUUAUAUUACCAAAUCUCACAUUUAUUCUUGAUUUUCAAUCUAUAAGAUGAGGCUACUGUGUGCAUUUGUUUGUGGCUACCAUGGAGCUGUAAUGUCAAAUUUUUAUUUUUUGCUGAAAUGCCAUGUUAUUAAGAUAGACUGAUAGACACAUCAGUAAAGAUGUGCUGAGAGUUCUAUGUUAUGUGCAGGGUAUGAAAUUUGAUGUAGAAAUUUGUAUCCUGAGUCAUCGGAAUCUAAUCUCCAAUGAAACAAGUUUCUGUCUGUCGUGGAAAUCUUGGGAAUGUGAAGUCUUUGACUAGUGAAGAUUCAGAUUGUAGGCAAAUAUGCAGAAGUCCCACAAGUGCAUAGUCUGAGUCAAUUGCAGUCCAUCUUUUUACAUCUCUGGUGAUGUGAACUGAUGACCUGGGCACAAAUUACUAAUUUGUAAAUUGAGACGUUAGGAUUUUAUGAAAACAUCAAUGACUGGGAAGGGACCCUAGCACAUGUUGGUAAACUUGGCUUUAGUUUCUAACAUACUCAGUUAGAAAUACCAGAUAGCUGGUGUUGGGGAAGGAUGUCUGAGAGUCUGGAGAACCAUGAGAAUCAGAGUACAUAGUACAGGGUUAGAUGGAGAGGUAAAGCACAUGCUUUGCUUGCACAAUGUCCUAGGUUCCCUGAUGCUUCAAUUAUUAAAGACUCAGUUAGCAGGUGAUGUGGUCCCUCUCCCUCUCCCACAUCCCAAGUUCCUGGAUUGCUGUUGCCAGAGACCUGGCUGAAUGGACAAAUAGUAUGAUCUGAUAUAAGGCAGCUUCGUAUGCUAUCCUUUCCCCAUCUUUCUGUAUAUCAGAGAACAAAGGACCCUGUAUCCAUAGAAAGUGCUGGAGUACUGCAAAUGAUGCAAAGCUCAUAUUGAUUAUGUUGGGUAUUCAUUUAGUAUUUAAUUCCAGGAUAUUUAAUACAUCGCCAAAUGUAAUUGAUGUGACUCUAUAAAUUAUUAACAAGAUAUGGUCCGAAUCCAUACCUGGGUAAGUUUUCUAAAUGUAUAUCCCUUUCCAGUGAAAUCCUUUAGUGUCUACUCAGAAUUUGCCCCCAUUGAGUACAAUAAUGCUUACAGUGCUGUUCAGGAAGGUUAGCUUUUCAGUGAUAAAUGGUUUUCACGAUCCCUUUUAUGUUUUUCUUUUCAAAUCUUUCAGAAAUAUAUUGAUUUUAUUUAAUCAAUUUAUAUACCUGUUAACUACAAUAUUCACGUGUGUGUGUUGCUGUCUUGGUACAGGUUGGAUUCUGUCACUUUGGAUACAGCAAAUGCUAAUCUCAUAGAUGUGUCUUCAGCUGCAGAUGUGGAAUAUUGUGAAUGUCCCCAAGGCUACUCUGGGAUUUCUUGUGAGGUAAUCUGUCAUGGUUUUAUAUACAAGAAGGAAGCACUUUUCAAUAUACUUUCCCCAUACAGACCAUAUUGUAUUUGCUUGCAGUUUUUAAAACCGGAACGGCAGAACAACAUUUUAAAAUCUGCAUUGUUUAUGACAAUUUUAUCCACUUGCUAAAAAAUAACAUUUCCCCACAUUUUUACAGGGUUUAUAGCUAAAGAAACUGAAGGUUGGAUAGGGCAUAGAUUAUUUUUAAAGCUGAACACCUAACAGUUGUUCUGUUAUAAAUUUGGGGAAACGGUUGACAAAUUACAGUUUCUCAUAUGUGCUAAUUGACACUGUAUGUCAGAUUCCUGAAUAUAUUUUAAUGUACUUUAAGAAAAUAUGGCAGGAUUUCAGGGAAUAUUGUAAUAGGGUUUGGGAUUAUUUGGUCCAUAUUUGGGUCCUUUCCAAGACUGGUUUUAUAUCUGUAUGAUGGGAUUCUGUCCCUGUGUGUCGGAGUAUAAAUAUAAAAAAAUAACAUAUUUAAUUAGUGUUUUUUGUUUUGUAAAUACAGACUAUUACGCUAUAUAGCAAACAUCACUACUUACUCCCCAUGCCACACAAAGGUUCUGUUCAAGCAUAGAUCUGUAGAUUGAGUUCAGAGACACGUUUGUGCUGUUGUUUUAUAGGAGAACUAAUGCAGAACUCACUUUUAAUUGGUUUUCAAAUAUUCUAAUAAUCGGGUUGAAGUGCUGUAAGAACCAUUUUGUGCUGUCAUUUCUUUCUUUCUUUCCUAGUCCUGCCUUCCUGGCUACUACCGAGUAGGUGGCAUACUUUUUGGAGGGAUUUGCCAGCCAUGUGAUUGCCAUGAUCAUGCAACGGAAUGUGACAUUCAUGGUGUUUGUGUUGUAAGUUACCUUGCAGUGCGCUUUCAUUUUCAUUUCCAAAAAGAUCACAUUAAAAAAAAUCAAUUCAUAUAAUUUUUUCAGUGCAAUGCAGUUUUGUAAUAUACCCCAAAGAAGCAUCAAAGCGCAUCUUCCCACCCAGCUUCUGUAACUUUUAAAAGUUUUUUGUGUGUGUGCAUGUUAAAGGAAUUAAAUUAUCUGGCUUAGGCAAGAACUGACAUAAAACACUUUUAUAUGAAAAGUCAUGAAAGCCAUAGCUUUUCCUUCUCAGCUGAGUGGAAAAAUUCCUGUGGAUCCAAGUAGGAAAAAGAUUGGAGCAUAACUCUGUGAUUACAUUUCCUCAACUUUUGUGCUGGUUCCGUUAAGUUCUGCACCAGAAAGGGAACCUUUCCUUAAAGUGAUUUUUUUUAAUAAAAAAAGAACUUUAAAUCUUCUAAAUUAACCUGUUAAUUUCCAGUGUUCAAUAUUAGCAAACUGAUUUAGUCCACAGUCAAAGUAACACAACUAAUCCAUGAGACCAAAUAUUUGCUAAUGAGGGAACUGUUGCUGCUGGCUUGGAAAAGCAUAUUGUCAAUAGCCUGCUUGUUUCUUUGUCUCUGCUCUUUGAAUUCUAAUGCUGCAUGUCAUUUCAUGCUGAGAUCCCCCCUCUGGGGAUAGAAUUCCACUCAGAAUAAGUAUCAAAAGGUGUCUUGCAUGUCUCACAGGCUUGCAAGCACAACACUACAGGGCGUUCUUGCGAUCAGUGUUUGCCUGGGUUCUAUGGGAUGCCGUCCAGGGGGACUCCAGAGGACUGUGAGCCGUGCGCCUGCCCACUGAAAACUGCUUCAAACAAGUAAGCUGCUAACUGGAAACAUUGCUUGACAUCUCCAGCAAUAUCAGACAAGCAGUGCCAGUUAGAAACAGAAAGGAAUGGGGGGUGGGACGAGAAAUCAAUCUGAAGGGAAGGUGUUAAAACAUGACAAGAAUUCCACGGCACCCUUCAGAAACGAUAGCUCCUAGACGGCUAAGACAAGGAGCUGGAAAUUUUCCAGUACUUUACUGAAUACAAAUGUCGCCCUUGGGGGUUUUUUUCUUGAAAAGGUAUUUUCAUGCGUUGCUAAUAUUAGAAAAUAUUUUAGUGUUAACGCUCUUUAUGUGAACAAAAUCAAUUCAGGCUGAUUCUUGCACAGCUGCUAGAUACUGGUAGCAAUCCAGCAAGCUGCUAUAUAAGCAAGCUGAAAGGUUUGUGUAUGCCCAUUCGCUUUCCCCUAAAAGCAUAUUUCUCCCCAGUUCUUCACCUUUCUGAAAUUUAAAAAAGCAGUUUAUGUUGCCUCACAGAGAAGCUCUUGUUGAGGAAAGGGUCUGCAAUGUACACUCACUGGACAACACUCAUUGUGGUGUUCUCUGUGGUGCUAUCAGUAGUGACCACAAUUCAUGUAAUAAAUAUACAGAGUGUGCAUUUAAUGUGUAUUGCUUUUAAACUGUAUAGGUUGAUGAUAAUCCCCCAAAUAAUUGUUUUUUAGUUUCAGUCCUACCUGUCACUUGGAUAAUGGAGGUGAAGUUAUCUGUGAUAAAUGUCCUCCAGGUUAUGCAGGAGCCAAGUGUGAAAGGUAUGCAACUAGAACCCUGGAAAUAACAGCAAAUAUUGUCAAUUAAAUAUAUUUGGAAAUAACAGUUUUGCUUCUGUCCUGUUUCAGAAUUCUUGCUCAAAAUACACAUUACUUGUACCUGUGUCAGUCUCAUUUCAGGAAUGUGUCCCCAAAGCUGCUUUUGGCAGAGGGUGGAAACCCCACUCCCUGCUGAUUUGACACGUGUGUGUGUGUGUGUGAGAGUGAGUGAGUGAGUGAGAGAGAUGAUGUUGCAAAAGAGCUAGUCCAUUCAUGAUGGGAAUAAUAAUGAUGGUUACCAUAUCUGCUCUUGUGUGUAUACCAGAGCUUCCAAACUUUCCAUGUUGGUGACACGCUUUUCAGACAUGCAUCAUUUCACGACACAGUAAUUCAGUUUUACUAGCAAAUUGGAGGAUAAACAGCCCUGGGAGGAGCUCAGGAAGCAUUCACCUGACACACCUACACACUGCAGCCAACACAUUAAUGUAACACACAGUUUGGAAAGCAUUGGUAGGGUUGCCACAUUUCAAACCAUGAAAACCCAGACAGAAAAGUUGUUGAGCAUUGCCGACAUAGGCUGCCCUAUGUCCGGAUUUUCCUGGACAUUUAGCCAAGUAUCGCCUGGACACUGCUGUUGAAUGCGGUAUUCUGGAUAUGUCUGGGAAAUUCCAGACGUAUGGCAACCCUAAGCUCUGGUCUAUACAUUGAUGCUGCUGCAACUUACUGAGACUGGGGCAGGACAAGGCGGCAGAAAAGUUGGGGCUGUGUGGGUGCACUAACAGGAGUAUUGGAUUGACUCUGUCAGUGCAUCAGCACAGCCCCGACCUCAUUACGGCCUUGCCCUGCCCCAACGCUGUCCAGGUAAGUAGCAGCAUCUCAGGGUUUGGAAUGGCAGCUCUGCCCCACCACCCUGGCCACUACUGCCUGUGGCCCACCAUGGGGGAAGGGCAUCUGCAAAAGAUUGAUGCAGAGCAGUAUUCUGGGGUGAUUCGAAAAAGCUGAGCUGACUUUGAAUGCAGUGUGCACCCAGUUAUAGGGAAAACAUGUAAGUGAACUUGAAUCUGAAUCUUAAAAGUUUUGCCAUGAUGUUGGGAAGUGUAUUUCCCUUUGCCUGAAUGGUUUGAAAUCAAACUGCACGAGCAGUUUCCUUCUGACCUCACCAUAAGUGCUGAAGAGCAAGGAACUGUAAGGAGUGUAUUUUAAGGCUCUUUCCUGUUCCUUUUGCAGCCCUAUCUUUACCUGCCCUGCUGCAGGUGUCAUAUGCCAGAUAUGGGGCAGGUGGGCCUAAUUUGGACUGUGGUCUGGAAGUUUGCCAUCAUUCUAACAUUUCACUAUAAGUCUUGUAAGCAGUUGUAAAUAUAUAACCUUUAAAUAAAAUAUCAUGUUUUUAAAAUGAGGAAUUAAAGUAUGCAGGGGUGGUGGGUUGUUUUUUUUGUAAUUUUAGAGAAUAUUUUGCCCCCUGCUCUCCCCAUUUCUACUUUUGCCCCUGAAAUCAAAUUAGGUGCGCAUGUAGCAUAACAAAGGGUGAAAUUAUCUUUUCAAGCAGCAUAGUAAAGAUGGAAGUUCAGUUUUGCAAUCCUGUUAUGUACUGUUUUCUCAGCCACUUCUCUACUAACCCUAGUUUUGCAUCUGUACAUGAACACACUAUGCUCUUCAGACUUGUGUUGUGUUUCCAAAAUGUGGCUUUCUGUAACCUGACACAAUUUCCAAUCCCUUGUGCAGAUGUGCAAAUGGGUACUAUGGUGAUCCUUUGGUCCCUGGGCAGUCCUGCAUUCCUUGUGACUGCAAUGGCAAUGUAGAUCCCACGGAAGACGGCCACUGCAAUUCCCUAACAGGAGAGUGUCUGAAGUGCAUUGGGAAUACUGUGGGACAGCACUGUGAAAGCUGUGCUGAUGGGUAUUACGGGGAUGCGGUGAUCAGCAAAGACUGCCGUGGUGAGUAAUUCCUGUUAAAUCAACUGAUCAAGUAUUUUUGUAUACGUAGGACAGUUGCUUUAUGCAACGUCCUAAAAAAAGGCACAUUAGGGUUGAGGAAAUCAAUGGAUUAAUAAAUAGAAUCACUUUACUCUUAACUGUGAACGCAGUGACUCCUCCUUUUCACAGGUGUUCCUCUAUGUUCCAGCAGAGGAUCAUUUUUGCAGAAGGGUGGGGGUAAUAUUUACUGAUUCUUUCAUCUCCCUCUGCUGCUUCACAUGCUGCUCUACGGUCUACUUCCCCAACUCUCCAGAGCAGAUUUCUGAUGGCACACAGGCCUUUUGGAGGAAUUGGUGAAAGUUGUCUCUCUGCUUUCCAUUAGCAGAACAGUCCUAUGUGUCGAACUCCACCCAGGAGACAUUCCUGUCUGUGGAAGCCUAGUUAGGAUCCAAGCCAUUUCAUUGGCACCCCAAUGCAAAAAAUACUUGUGUUUCCUGCAAUGAGAGUAGUUUCCUGCCUAAUCUCUUUGUAUGCAUCAUCUCCAGUACUUUUGUAUUGGUACAAGGACAUCUCAAGAAGAGAGUGAGGUAGAUGUAUUUCAACAUGAAUGGAGUCAAAACCAUUUUUAUUGUAUAUCCGAUUAUUUACAACAAUGAGGCAAGAGUGUUUGAGGGUUUUCCAAAUGCUACAUCAGUGCUGGCAAUGGAUUUGUCUCUGUAGUUCAAGCUGGGGCCAGUCAUUUUAUACAGCUCAUAAAAGAGUAUUUUGAAUUCUGGUGCUCAGCUUUCUUUUUAGAAAAUUUAGUCUAUUUUCCAAAGAUAUGCAUAGAUAUCUUUAUAGUCUGUGGGCCAGUUCCCGCCUCUGCUUUUCACUGCAUCUCCUUGUGAAUCCCACAACGCUGCUACUCAAAUGUUGGACGACCCUCUAGAGCAGAAUUGAUGUAGAACAGAGUUGCAGUUGGGGGGAGACACAGAACCGCCCCCCUUCUUUCCUGAGUGGAAAUACUUUCCUUUCACACAUGGCACUGUAUAGAUCUUGGCCUUAAUUUUAAGUCCAGGAUCCAAAAAUACAAAUUUAAAAUAUUGAUGGAAAGAAUAUGCAAAAGUGGGGUAUAGAAUCCUAAACCUCACAUAGAGAAAAGUUAUUCAAGUAUUUUGUUAAUAGCUGGUUAUAUUCAGCUUUUCUAUUUGUGCUUUUUACACAUCAGAGUGUGGGUGCCAUGUGAAUGGCUCCAUUUCCAGUGUCUGCCAUCCGAAGACUGGUUUGUGCCAAUGCAAAGGAAAUGUGGUGGGACUCCAAUGCAAUAAGUGUUUGGUAAGAAAGAAAUAAUAAAUCUUGAUGUUAGCACACAUGAUUUUACUUCUUUUGCUCUACUUUUUGCUCUAUUGGUAAUUUACGCAUGUUUUACUGGUGUCCCCCUAGGCAGUGCCUGUGGGUGCAAUAGCACCCUUUGAAAGCCUUCCCUUUUGUCAAUGAAGGCUGUGCACGCCCCCCCCACUCUCACUUUGCCAGCAGUUACUCUUUUGUCAAUUAUACUAUGACCUUAGUGUUAUGGUCCUGGCCCUGUGCAGAGUUACUGAAAAUCCGGCCUUUUCUUUUCAGUCAGAUAUAUAGAGACAGACAGAAGAUACCAUGCUCUAUUUAUACUCCAGUAUUUGUGUUGGUGGAGUGGCCUGGUGGUGGUAACCUUCAUGCUGUCUUGAGACAUGGGCCGAAUCAUAGUACAUUCAUAUCUCGGGUUACAGCCGCUUCAGGUUGCGUUUUUUCAGGUUGCGGACCGCCGAAACCCGGAAGUACCGGAACGGGUUACUUCCGGGUUUCAGCGGUUGCAUAUGCGCAGGAGUGCUAGAUCGCGCUAUGCGCAGAAGCGCCGAAAUGCAACCCACGUGUGCACAGAUGCGGGUUGCAAACGUGCAUCCCGCACGGUUGCGUCCACUGUAGUCAUAAUGCCUUACCCUGUGCUGAACUUGGUUACCUCAGCAAUUUUUAGAUUUGGGCUAAUAGCUCCAAAUAUAUGUCUAAAAACAUGUGUAACUGAUGUGGAUUGUAGUAUUUGACAUUGAUGAGAAGUGAAAAAGUUGAACUUUUUUUUCAUUUACUUGUGCUGCAUGGUUAUUCAAUGAUAAGUAAUGUUGGGAUCUAUUCAUAUGCUAAUAGAUUCUUGACAAACAAAAAUGGGGGCAGGGUGGGGUGGGGGCGGCAGUUUUGUUGAACUUUUGUUGAAAAUUUUGUGAACUUUUGCAUUUAAGGAGUUUCAUCUAGGAAACUGGAUGUGUAUUUCAAAAGCCUUUCUAAAAUAACAAUAUUUGCUUUUCCUAUAUAUUCUCCAAAGGCUUCUGAUGGGCACAGUAGAACCCAUAAGUUCUAUGUGGUGGGGGAAAUGUGAGCUGGGAGCUGUUUUCCAACACACUGCCUAGCAGAACUGCACUAUUUUUAUGCAGGCCAAAGAGCAGGAAUGGAGCGCAUUCAGCGAUGAAAAUGAAAACAAGAGAGGAAUUGUUUUUGUUUCAGGGAACUAUGAAAUAUUGCUGAAACACUUUUCUUUUCUCUGUGACAGCUUGGAUAUUACGGCCUAAGUAGCGGACUUGGCUGCCGUCCCUGCAACUGCAGUAAAGCUGGCUCAACUGCUGAGGACUGUAAUGAUGAAGGACAAUGUCUCUGUGUGCCAGGAGUGGCUGGGGAGAAGUGUGAUCGUUGCGCUCAUGGCUUUUAUGCAUUCCGGGACGGUGGCUGCACACGUAAAUUAUAGCCCAUAAUCUGGUCAUGGCAGUUUCUUCAACUCUUACGAAUUUUCUUUUAACAAAAUGCUUUGUGCUGCACCAUGGGAAACGUCAGUUGUGAGCCUCUUUAGCAUUUAUUUAUUUGUAAAGCCUGGUCAGCAGACUGAUAUCAAAGCAUUUCUCAUCAAGUUUUGUCUACAACGGGAAUCCAAUUAAUCCAACUAUUGGAAUAAAGAUUUGGGCUUAUGAAAAUGGUUCCUGUGCCAAUUUUCCCUUUGCCAUUUGGUGUGGGGAUUAUAGGAGGUGCGUUGGUAAUAAUCUUGCUUUUACCGUUGACUCAAUCUGUUAAGAAUUUCUGGGGGGGAUGGGACACAGGGGUACACAUACCCCUAAACAUUUUGCGACUCUUAAGUUUGGCCUCAUUGAGGGGCAGUAUUUCAAUAUGAGUAGGAAAACGAGAAUACCCCUAAACACUUUUUUAAGAAAAAAAAGCACUGGUUACACCUAAGACACAACAGUGUACCUUGGAUGAUACCAGUGUACGUUCCAAUUCAGACAUUGGAAAGGACUUUAUAGGAAAUGUUUAUGAGCUACUUCCUUCCUUAUGAGUAAACUCACAGGCGGAGGCCACCUAAGGCAGAGAUGGACCUGAUGCUACAGCACCGCUACUAGCACUGCUGUUAGUCUACUAGCACUGACAAAAUGGGUUACUUGCUCCCUGUCUUCUUCCUGUAGCUUGCAAUUGUGCUCAUACACAUGAUGUUUGUGAUGGAGAUUCUGGAAGAUGCAUCUGCCCUCCUCAUACUGAAGGAGAAAAAUGUGAACUAUGUGAGGAGAACUUCUGGGGUCUUGAGCCAGAGAAUGGGUGCAAGGUAAUGUUGUGCUUGUUAGGAACCUUUUAAAAAACAAAGCUUUUAAAAAUAUUUCACAAGAUAGCACAUUGAAUUUGUGGUAUUUAGACACUACAAAUUAGGUCAGCUUCUGCUAUGUUGGUUUUGCUGAUGCUGGUAAAAAGAAACUUUUUCUUCUUCCUACCCUAUGUUUUGAUGUAUCUAGAACAAUAUAUAUCCCCUUUAUUGACAUAUAUGAGGUUUAUGACAUUUAACCAUGAAUCAAGGUAAAUAUCUGUAAGAAUUUCACAGUAUAUAACAGUUUCUUUCACUUAAUCAAUCCAUCUUCACUAAUGAGAGCCGUAUUGUGUUACUAGCAAGAUACAUUGUCUUUGAGAGGACAAGGAAUUUCCCUGAGUUUGAGUCUUUUUCUGGUUGUGGAGAAAGAAAUACCAUUCAGCAAUGAAUUAAUUAAAAACUGGCUAAUACAGCCUUGGAUUCUAUAUAACUGUAUUCUCAAAAUAUUUAUAACCUGAAGCCUAAGCAGUCUAUUUCUAAAAAGCUAGUAUGAAGCAAAAAGCUAGAAUUUGUCCUCCAAGGGAGAUCACCUUUAUCAUAACAAUGUGUUUCAUUUAAAAAACAAAAAGAAGAAGCAGCUAAAACAAGGUUCUGUGGCUCUAGAACAAUUUGACUAGUUCCAUAUUUUCACAUGGGAACACUCAGAUUUGACGUUGUGCUAGGAGCUUAUAGCUGCAAGUAUAGAGGGAAAAAUGUGACAAGCACGUUGUAAGUGGUAGACAAAGAAGGUAUAAUAAGGAAUUAGAUGCAGUAUGCAAACUGCAAACCAGUGAGCUGUGACUUCAAUAAUCUCUUCAUUAGGUGAAAAGAAGCCAUUAAUACACUUUCAAGGGAUUAUCUACUCUACAGAUGUAAGAUUUAACACCCUUUCCUCUGUCCAGAGGACUAUGGAAGUGGUAAUUAUGCGAGGAGAACCAGGGAUCUUUCACAAAGUAUGAUCAGAACCUUUUCUAAACUACAAUUUCCAGAUAUAUUUUUUUAAGAGAAGAGCAGCAGUUCAGCUAAUAAAAACAGCAAUAGAAUCAAAGCUUAUUUAAAGCUUAUCUUAAGAUGUUGGUGGAACACUGAUAAAGAGGAAGAUGAUUUAACUUGCUGAGGUAGGGAGUCCCACAUAUGGGGUGUUGUGAGAGUCUUCUGCCUCCUUUUCCUUGCUUCAUGGCCAAGUAAUUGUUGUAUAGAUGGGGUUUUUUUUUAAAGGUAUUGUAAUGGUGAUGGCUUGUAUUGGAUCACUUCUAGUUGUUUAAUGGUCACCUGCAAACCGAUAUUAUCUACUUAGGGAAAAUAUAAUUUAGGGCUCAGAUUAUAAAUCUUUUGAUAAAGAUAAAGUAUUCAAUUUCUAAAGUUGGACUCUACAGAAAAUUGCUGGCAAGUUUUAAUGUCUGUCAAAAGUUUAUAGUUUCUGAACUUCAUGACCUUUGCAAGAUUCACAUAUCUCUUGUCCUGUUUUCUUCUAAGGCCUGCAAUUGCAGUGAUAUAGGUUCAGUCAGUCUCCAGUGUGACCAGCUGACUGCUCAAUGUCAGUGUAAGAAUGGAUACGGAGGAGACAGCUGCGCUAUCUGUGCUUUGGGGUAUAGAGACUACCCAGAUUGCAUUCCGUGUGAUUGUGACUUGCGUGGCAGCAAAGUAGACAUGUGUGAUCAAAAUCAAGGAAUCUGCAACUGUGAAGAGGAAACUGGUGCAUGUGUCUGCAAGGUAGCAUGAAACCUUUGCCUGCGUAUUAUUUUUCUUUGUGCGUUUUUCUUUGCCUGUAAUACAAUAAUAGUCACUUACACAGACAUCAACUAGUGUUUCCUGGGGGGAAAAGCCAGGUUUAGGUUAAUACAGGAGCAAAACAAAUGUGUAACCUUCAGACUGGACAUGCAAAACAUUUACCUUGUAGGGAAGAGUUUAGACCAAAAUUGGGUGUUAGAACAUUGAAUUAGGACGUCAAGCAGCAUUCAGGACAGAAUGAAAACUAUGGUUUAGAAACACAAAUAAGGCAACCUGUAUUAGCUUCAGUCAUACAUGAUAUACAGUAGGUGGAACAGUGAAUAGUUUGUCAGGGCAGGAAUGGGGCAAGGCAUUGGAGGAGCUCUGGGUUGGCUGUGUCAGCUUUUCGUAGGUGUUCAGUUGUGUGUCCAAAGUGCUCAUGCACCUGCAGGACAAUACUGCUGGCAACUCAGAGCUUGCUGCCACUUUGCCCCACCCCUUCCUUGUCCUCGUGAACACAUCACUACCCCUGUGAGAACACCGCUGCUGCUUUUCACAACCUCCUCAUGUGUCUGUGCUGGAGGCUAUAGUCUGGCUAUAGUCAAGAGCAGGAUUGGGACUCGGAUGAAACCAGGCAUGUUCACGGUUUGUGUGUUGAUCAAGCAGUUAAGAGUAGCAAGCAGUAUGGGAGCAACUACUUGCCCUGACACACAGUGUGUCAGGGCUGGAACGUUUACUCCAUUCAUGCCACAAGCCACUCCAUACUAAAUAAGAAGUUCUCUAGAUGGCAAACUGAGUUGUAUAAAUAACUGGAGACCUAUGAGCUGAAACUGUUCAGUUCAAGCCUUACUGGCGUUAACAAUCUAUUUCUUUGUCAGGAGAAUGUGAUUGGAUUGCAUUGCAGUGAAUGCAAACCUGGGACGUUUGCUCUUCAUGCCACCAAUGCUUUGGGAUGCAUUUCAUGCUUUUGCUCUGGGAUGUCGGAGUCGUGUUCAGAAGUAGAAGACCAUGUGAGAGUUCCAGUGAGUAAAGCAGUUUCACCUUCUGUGCCUGGUUUUCUGUUGCAUUUGAACCUUGUCUUGUCAUAAUUUGAUCUGCACGCAGCUUGAUCUCGUAUUUGAUCCCAGUGACUGCAAGAACAGCAGAGAGCUGGGAAGAGGCUUUAAUUUAAGACCAUGUGUCAUUGUCACCUUUAUUGGACAUCCAGAUAGCAGCAGAUGAGUUAGUUGAUUUGUAUCUGUUGUAAACAGUCUUGGAGAUAAUUUGAUUGGCGGGUGGGAUACAAAAGUUUGUAAUAAACAAAUAAAAUAUUACUAGCAUUUGUAUACAUCUCCCUGUCAAUGAAGUUUGGAUUGGAUUGAGCUCUAGUAAUCCUAGGGCCAUAGUACAACCCUAAAGUUCUGCCACACCAUGAUAAUCAUGCAAAGAAGGUAUUCGCUACCUUUUAUUCCUCUGCUGCUGUGGCUGCUUCUCCCUCACUGCCUUGCUUUGACAUGACCUGUGAACUAUACAUGGGAAAGCCAGUGAUGCAUCCAUAUACUGCCAUUCAGCUUUAUGAAACUACUUCAUAGUAAUACAGGAAUAUAACACACUAAAAAAUUAAUUUCCUUCAAAAUUUCAAAGUUAUAAUGUGUAUGCUUUAUUUACUUGAAAACAGAUCAUUUGAAAUCUUGCUUAGCUAGAAACGAUAUAGUGCAUUUUACAAAGAGGUAUGACCUAUUAGUCUGUCAUUUCAGGUCCCCCUGUCUCUGCAGCAGACUGUUCUGUAUGUGGUUUCUCACAGUAACCUCACUGGAACCAGUGAAGGUGUAUUUUCCCAGUUCCCUGAUAUCUUAAUGGAUGUCAAAGCAGUCCGACAACACUUGACUACAGAACCUUUUUACUGGAAAUUGCCAGAUCAGUUCCAGGGAGACCAGGUAAGCAUAUGAGUUAUUUUUAGAGUCGGACCUAGACAUUCUUUGAGUACUCCCACUGAAAUAGUUGUGACUGAUGUAACCCCCUUAGGGUCCAUUGAUUUCAAUGGUUCCGCUCUAACUAUGAAUAAAUCUGGAUUUGACUGUGUUUCUAUAUAUUCUGGGGGUGGGGACAUUAGAAGGACUGCCACUUUCUAAGAACUUUGAAGAGAAACAAAAGUAAAUAUAUAUUUUAAAAAAUCGGUGUGCAUAAUUUUAGUAUUCAUUCAAUUCUUAUUUCUAAAUGCAUGUCAAAGCAAAAGUAUUUUCUGUAGCAUAUUUAGAUUUUGUGCUAGAUUUGAGCCUGCUUGCAGAAUAAUAGAACUGAGUGAAAGGACUUUUUCAUAUAGCACUUACUUACCGUAGUUUAUGGAAUUCAGUGCCACACAAUGUGGUAUUGGCCACUAUUUUAGAUGACUUUUAAAGGAAAUUAGGCAAAUUUACAACUGAGAUAUUUACCAAAUGUUUACUUUGAUUGUCCAAUGGAACCUCUCUGUGUUAUAAGGUAAUAUACCCCAGAAUACCAGCUAUUAGGGAGCCAUAGUGGAAGAAAACUAUUAACUUCAUGCCCUGUUUAAGAGCUUCCCGAAGAGCUUGUGGUUGGCUGCUGCUGAAAAGAAGAUUCUGGCUUUGAUCAACCUGUGCUUUUUUUUUUUUGUUAACACAGUCAAGGUCUUGCAAGGACCUGUGUACUGGCAAUAUCAACAUUCCCAAACCUUAUUUAAAUUCAUUUCCAGAAAAUCUGUGUUGUGAAGUAUUUUGCUUUCAUUUUGCAAUCUCAGCUCUUGCAAAGUUUCCAUUAAAUUUCAAGAUGUGAAAAAUCAUCUGAAUAAAGGUAGUCUCAAUAUCGGACUACUUUGAUAUCAGGCUAACGAUGAGGAGCAUAGGGUUUGCUGCUGAGUUUCAGUUAAGCUUUUCCCUCCUCCUGAUCUAGAUUUCAGUUAAAAUUAUCAAAGAAAAUAAAAUUGUAAUGAUUUAUCAUCCAAACAGCUCAUGGCAUAUGGUGGAAAAUUGAAAUACUCAGUAGCUUUUUAUGCAUUGGAUGGCACUGGAACCUCAAACCUCGAACCACAAAUCUUAAUGAAAGGGGGUCGCACCAGUAAACAAGUCAUCUAUGUGGAAAUUCCUGCUCCACAGAAUGGAGUAAGAAAAGAUGAAGAAAUAGAAAUGAUAGAGGUGAGUUUAAAACAUUUCAAUUAGAUGAAUUAGAGGCUUUGCCUGCAAGAAAGUCUUUUUCUUGUACUACUUUGGAACUCCCUCAACAUUUGUCUUAGGACCAUUUUGCUCAAGCAAGAUGUAAUGUCUUUUCAUAUAGAUCUGGGAAGGAGUCUUAGAUGCCUGUUAAAAUUCCACACAUAUUGUGGAAACAUGUUAAUCCUAGAUCAACGCUUUGUUUGAAAACAUUAUAGAUACUAUGGAUGAAAACAGAUAACAGCAGCAAUGCAGAGAUUUUGCUUGGUGCACACUGCAUUUGGGCUGUUUUAAUACCUCUCCAGACUGGGUUGUACACCAUUUGAAGAUAUAGGCUGGGUUCACAAGUAACACUGAGCCAUGGUUGACAUGAGCCAAGGUUUAUAAACCAACAACAAACUAUGGUUUUCAAAUUCAGGCGUAGCACAAUAUUGCAACAUAGGGAUGGGCUACAGUGUAAUUUUAUGUUGCUCGCACAGUCUGUAACCAUUCCCCUGCCAUAUCAGAGUGCACGUGAAGACAAUUUAAGAGCUUAAGUGUUUUGACUUCUGCCUGGAACCAGAUUCAUUGGUUGUGGAAGUGCCUUGUUGCUCUCCUCUUCAAUUGCAAAACUAAUACUAUCAAACAACAUUGUAACAUUGGGUGUUCGCAAGUGAUGCAAAUUUAUUUAUUUUUCUUUAGAGUGCCUGGAAAUAUUUUAAUUCUGUGUCUGAUGAAUCUGUUUCACAUUCUGACUUCAUGUCAGUGCUGAGCAAUGUUGAGUACAUCUUGAUAAAGGCGUCCUAUGGUCAAGGAUUACAACAAAGCAGGUAAACCUCUGCUAACUACUCUACCUAGGGGCUCUUAACUUUGAUAAAAUGUGAGUAAGGUAGUAAGCAUGUUAUCUUGAUAUGAGUGAUACUCAAGGGCCACUUUACUCAAAAAACCCUGAAAGUCAUGGUACCUUACAGAACAAGCCUUCUGUGCAGCCGUUUGCAGUGGAAAACUGGUAGUGUCCCAGUGCAUGUGGGAAACUGCUUGUGCUUGGUGAAGCACUCUUUGGUUCUAGUAUUAUUAUUUUUUAGGAAACUAAGGGUUAAAUUAGUAGGAAUCAGAUUAUUAGUGCAUAUUUGAGAGAUUACCUGCUUAGUCAAGAUAUAAAUGGCAAUACCUAAGGCAGGCUGUUUUUAAAAGCCCUGAAUUGGGCUCCAAACCAAACUUUGUGAUUGAAGCACACCCCUAGUAAACAGUAAAAUUGCAGGUUCUGUUUCCUAAAUGAACAUCACUGCAUCAUUUUUUAUUUUUUGUGUUAUGUAAUUAUCUCUUAGAAUCUCAAAUGUCUCUAUGGAAAUUGCUAUGAAAGCUGACGAGAUGCCCUUGAUUAAGGAAGUUGCUCAUCUCAUUGAGAAAUGUAUAUGCCCUGAAGGUUAUGCAGGCCUCUCAUGCCAGGUAUGUUACUUGCUGGGGAGUCUUAAAAUAUCUUCUGAACAAGCAAAAGUUCAGUUGCCGUUUAAAAGCAUGUUCAACUCUUUUACGAUGUAGAACUGUGCACAAGGAUACUACAGAGAGAAACAGUAUGUGGACAAGUCUGCAAACCUUAAAGCCUUCCCCUCAUUCAUCCCACCUUGCGUGCCAUGCCGAUGCAACAAUCACAGUGAUGUUUGCAACCAAGAAACAGGAAAGUGUUUGGUAUGUGGACUUACUAGGGCUAGGCUGGUUUUUGUCACAGUAUCAAUAACUUAACAACUGGCGGGGGUGGGGGGGAGAAAAUUCCAAAGAAUGAAAAUUCAUGAAAAUCCUAUUUAGUUCCCAAAUUGAAAAUGUGAAGUAUUUUUUUACACUUGAAUAGUAUACAUUUGGACGGAAGCUGCACACUGCUUUGGAUUAAUCGGUGCAUAAUCAGAGGCUUGUUUUUAUUUCAUUUAAGCAUUUACUUAAGGUCUGUAAAGAACAACAAGGAACAAUUUAACACACACACCCAUUUUUGCAGCAAUGGAGGAUGGGGUUUGCAGUGUAAUGGUUGUGCUUAACAAAUUAAACUUCACUGAUAAAGUAAGGCCCUCUGAAUUCAGUGUUUUAGUAUUGCAGCGUUAACAAAUAAAAAAAAGCUUUAAUUACAGUUUAUAAAAAUUAACAUGGGCUGGUCACGAGUAGGGGUGACUUGAAUUGGCUUGAGGGACUUGGGAGGUAUUGAGACUGCAUUUUGGAAUACCUUUGGCAAAGUGGGGGCAUACUUGUUCCUCUCUUGCAGGGAUAUUAGGGCCUGAGAUGGAAUGUUCCUGUUCCUUAUACCUUGCUGUUUUUCUAGAUUUCAGUCUCUUUUCUUUUCCCACCAAAGUUAAAUGUGCUCCAUUGAAUUUUCUGCUUUCAUCUUAAACUUCCUGAUUUUGCCUGCUAGGACUGCAGAGAUAAUACAGCUGGUGACCAGUGCAGUGUUUGUGCUCCAGGCUAUUACGGCAAGGUGAUUGGAUCUGUCAAUGAUUGUUCUCUGUGUGCAUGUCCAAGAAUGAGCCCAGGGAGGUAACUAAAAAUUAACUUUGAUGUUUUUAAUAAUUACUAUUGUUAUACUUACUGUUUCCAGGUAGUACUGUAGCAAGGUAGAGAUUGUAUUUCUAGGAAUUUUUCAUUUAUCUGUUGGUUUGUUUUUGAAUCCCUGAGCUAAGAGAUUCCAUUAUCAGGGUCAGUGUGGGUAGCUUGAAAAGUAAUGGUGAUAGAUGAUGAAAUGGCUAAUCCAGAGCAGUAGCUUUCCACUGAAUAUUCUUUGUGAAUUGUGUCUAUGGGUGCUUCCAUACAGAAGCUCGAUACUGCAAAAGGAUCGCUGAAAUAUCAUAAAUGGAUUGUUGGCUGCCGGUUUUCCUUUUUUUCCUCUCUCCCCCCCCCUUUUCCUUUCCUUAGUUUACCAGGUUUCCACGAGAAAGGGUAGUUUGGAUAUAAUGGACUGAUAUUUUGGAUAUAAACAUGGACUGAUAUUUUGAUGCCAGCGGUGCCUUGUGGAACUGCAAAAACUCGUGCGCAUGGGGAGCGCUGAUUCCACAAUACACAUCCAUUUGGAAGCACCCUAUAUCCAACUGAGAGCCGGUUCAUACAAUCAGUGGUGUGCAUUCAAUGCAGCAAUAAGCAGCUAUACCAUCAGAGAAAGGGAGGCUUGUAUUUCCGCAUCGUGUGCCCCUCCCCCAAUCUUCUCUGGAGGGUUGGAGGAACCCACAGAACAGAUUGAGGGAGGAGUGGGGAGGAAGUCCCAUUGCACAAGCAGAAAUCCUUGCCCCCCACAAGAUGGUUACUUUCACCCUCCAUUGCAUACAAACUAGUAGAAACACACAUUCCUGUGUGAAUAGAUUUUUUGUGGGUAUAUAUGAAUUCUUUCUAAAACUUGCUCUUUUUAUUUCUUUCUCCAAGCUUUAGUUCCACAUGCAUUAUGAAAGGUGUGAGUGAUUUCUACUGCAAUGCUUGCAUCACUGGAUAUGAAGGGCAAUACUGUGAAAGGUGAGGGAUAUGCAGAACCAUCAAGAGGCUUCCACUGUGGGUUGGCAGCUUUGAGUUCCAGAAAUUGGGUAGAUUGCCCGUUCUAUAGGAUCUGCACUGGGUGCCUCCAAACCAAAUUAAAAGUAUGACUGGUAACUUAUAAAGUCCUCAGACAACUUGGGACUUGAGAUAAUGGCUCUGCCCAUGUGUUAAGAUUUUCAUGGUCUAGUUACCAGGUGAGAUAAUAUUGCUCAGUGAUAUGAGUUAGGACCUUCUUUGUGAUGAUUCCCUGACUAUGGGAUGCCCCUCCCUCUGAGAGAUGUUUUGUGCCAAUGUUACUUGCUUUUUGGUGCCAGCUGAAAAUCACAUCUCUUUGCCCAAGCUUUUUCUGGAGUCUGAUAUAGUAAUAUGGCCUGUCAUUGAGCAAGGGCCCUCCUGCAGCCAUAGUGAUAUAUUUUUAAGCAUUUUAUAUGGUGUUUUAACAUCAGCAUUGCAUGUUGCUGUUAAAUUGUAUUGCAUUGUUAUAGGUUGCAACCCACCUUGGGAUUGUGUGUUGAUGAAGGGUGUGUGCUGAAAACUGAAGAAACAAAAUAAACCAAAUAAAUAAAUGAACCUCUGUUUCCCUCUAGGUGUUCUCCAGGUUAUUAUGGCAACCCUAAAGCACCUGGUGGCCACUGUCAGCAGUGUCAGUGCAACCCAAAUGGAUCUGUUCACAAUAAUUGUGAUCAUAUCUCUGGGCAAUGCAUCUGCAAACAAGGUGUAACAGGGCAGCUGUGUGAUGAGUGUGAAUCAAGGCACAUUCUCAUGGAAAAUGAAUGUGUUGGUAAGUGUUCCCCUUUCUUUCUUUUUUGCUUUGAUGUGUUAAUAAUAUGGGCAACUUCCAAUUUUGGCACACCCGAACGAUGAGUGAUCAUGCAAGCGUUCACAGCACCAAACCCGGAAGUAGCCCCCAAACAUCAUAAAGAUGUCAUGAAAAGGGGCGGGGUGCUAGAAAGGGGUGAAGUGGGCUUAGGCACACUCCAUCGAUGCAUAUGGUGGUCCAGAAAAGAACAAGGAUUUCCUGUAGACAUGGGGUGGUGUUUGUUGAUACUGCAUGUAGAUACUAUGGUUACAUAAGAUUGCAUUCCUAAGCACACUUGCUCAGAAAUAAGCUCUGUUGGAAUGAGUGGAAUUUACUUGUUCGGUGCUAUCCAGUUUUGCGUAUUCAACUAAAACUUAAUAUUUUUUUGAAAUGGUUUCUUCAGCUUGUGAUGACGACUGCACAGGAUUGUUGUUAAAUGAUUUGGACAAACUAGAUGAAGCCAUGCUUUUGGUAAACCUUACUGGCCCUGUCCUGGUGCCCUAUGGGAUACUUGCAGAUUUGGAAAAUGCCACAAAGCAUUUAAAGGUAUGUAAGGUGUCGCUGAGCUUCUGUGUUGGGUUAGUUGCUUAUAUAGUCAUUUUUACUUCCGUUUAUCAAGAAGGUUUUGUGACCAUAUAGGCAUUUUGGAGUGCUCUGGAAGCAUUAAUAGAACAUAAGCGCUAUUAAGGUAGUUGUCUACAUUAAAAUUCAUGGCCAGUAGAUACAUGUUCUUUGUUUAUCAUUCCUAGUCGUGAACACUGAGCUGAAUAUGUUUGAGUACAUAAUAUUCUUUUUUCUUCUAGGAGUCUUUUUGGACUAAGAAAGAACCAACCUCCUCAACAGAAAUCAUGAAUGACCAUCUUGUAACCCUUUCAGGUGAUACAGACCAGCUGCACAGAGAGGUAGGAGUCUUGCUUGUUUAUUCCCAAAGAUAUUCCAAUAGACUUAUUUCAAAAUGAUCUACAGAAGUUUCCCAUGGGAUUUACUUAGGUUGGUUUAUAAAUCAAAGUCACUACAGUGAAUUGGGUCUACUAGACUAUGGGUACAAGUGGCAGCUGGGCAGAGCAGUCCUAAGUCCUGGUUAAGAUCAACUGGGUGUAGCAGUAUCAGAUCAACCACUGUCUGAAGUCCUACUGGCCCACUAACUAAAGCAGAAGGUGUGGUGUGUGUUUGUGUGUGGUUUUUGUCAUCCAGAUUGGCAUAGCCGCAGAGUCCAGGUUGGGUGCCUCUCUGAGGAACAUAGCUGUCAACUUUUCCCUUUUCUUGUGAGGAAUCCUAUUCGGAAUAAGGGAAUUUCCCUUUAAAAAAGGGGAAAGUUGACAGCUAUGCUGGGGAAUGGUAUGGCCUUGGAUCCAAUGGGUCUAUGACUGGCUCUGUUCUGUCACUGCUCCACCGUGUAACAUCCCAUUUUAGGGCCCUACACUAGCUACCACUGCCAGAAACAGGACAAAACAGCAGGUCACAUCUGCUGCUCUUAAUGCAGCCGUGGCAGGUCCUUCAGUGGAGCCUCCAUCAGAAGUUUGUGGAGGCCGGAAGACAGAAACAUCCACUGCAUCAUAAACCCCUCCAGCGACAAGAAUGAGGGGAUUAGGAUUUUAGCCUUAGAUUUUUUUUUUUACCCAGAAAAUACUAAACUGCUUUGCCGUUACUAUAGGUUUUCCCUCAUAGAUUUGGGAUCUUUUCAUUACCAGCUAUGCCCUCUCUAAAUUAUAGCACUAAAUACUUGAAAUAAUUGAUAAUUUGAUUCUGUCAGGAUUUACUAUGACCGAUAGUAAUGACAUGUUAAUAAUUGUCUUGGAUAUAUGAUUGGCUUUUGCUGAUCCUUUUAUUCUUCCUGAGAGAGCUGGUUAAUAGAAACCAGUUAAUCUGAAAAGAAAUCAAAUAAAUACAUUUCAUAAAGUAAUGUUAGUUUCCUGUAUGAGUCAGUAUGAAUUCGAGAUACGCUCUUCAUUCUUUGGUUCAGCCAUUGAAACCACUAUUCUAACAGCAACUGAAAUAAAACCACAAUUUGCUUUUAUGCUAGCUAACUAGGAUAUUAGAAAGAGGAGGGCUUCUCCAUGAUGCUGCGGAAAGGACCUUGAACAAGAGUCGAGAAUUGGCUAUAUUUAUCGACACAUUACAGGCAGCUGUUAAAGGUAAAAUUCUUGAUGGCAGGCUAUAGUAGUUAUGUUUCUGAAAUACAAAUAUUAUUUGUGAAAAUCAUUUAUAAAGAUAAAAUAUAUUUGGUGCAUUUGUACAAAGUACUAAAACAAUUCUUCUUUUGUAACUUACUUUUUCUUCCAUCUAGUACUUGGGGAAGUGGCAGCAUCCCUUAAUGAAACAUUAGGUAUGGAUUUCCCUCAGUCAAACAGGACAUUUCAAGAACUGGAAGAUGAGAUCCCCGUCAUGCUGGAUAUAAUGCGUGGAAGAUAUUUCAAGCAGAUGUACCAAGACAGUAAUCUUGAGUUAAAGUAAGCCAACUGGUGUUUCUGAUCAUGCUUCUAUUAACAUAUGCAAUGAACAUAUAGAGAAGUAUAUCUAAAAUGUUUUUAAAAGAGGAAAUUGCAGGCAGUAGGCUCCGAAGUAUGUCAAUAUAUUAAUUUAAAUGGAAGCUUAAUAUGUGAUGACUUUAGGAGGUUUGAAUCAAGCUAGACAAAUGUGUUUUUUUUUAAAUGCAUAAAAUGAUUUGAUUUUCAGCUGUGCUUUAAACAAAGCCACAAUUUCUAUCUAUAUCUAUCAAACAAUAAACGUAACUUACAUUUAUAUAUUCAUUUUUAGAACAGUUCCAUGAUCCAUGAGCUAGAUAAUGUUGAUGAGAAAAUCAGAAAUUAUUUUAAUCUGUUACUACUAUAAGCAAGGAAUUGAAUUUGAAAAUUGGGAAAGGAAUUAGUGCUGGAAAAUAAGUGAACCUUAUUUCAUUUUAAAAAUAAAUUUGAAGAACUGUGUUUUGGAAGCAUUCAGUAAUAUUUUUAAAGUGAUACACAGGAAGAUGCCAAGAGCUCAGUAAAACCACAACAAUAGCCACUGGACUGGCAUUGCUGCUGCUUGCAAGCCUAAGAAAGAAGAAAGAGGCAAUGAGGUCAGACUGUGUUGGUGUACUGAUGAGCACACCAGACUGGCUCCAGUAGUGGAUCUGUGCAUCCCUGACCUCACUGCCACCACCUCCCUCCAUGGUAACCAAUGGGAAUGCCAUUGCCAGGAUCCUGUUGCUGCAGCUCUACCACACUGGAUGAGCCACUCCUUGCUACAAAAUAGCCUGAUUUUUACAACAUUUCUGGCUGUCGCACAUGAUAGUUAUAAAAUAAUUUAUUUAAGUACAGUGGUGCAUCGCAAGAUGAAAUUAAUUCGUUCCGCGAGUUUUGUCGUCUUGCGAUUUUUUUCGUCUUGCGAAGCACGGUGUCGGGAAAGUUUUGGAAAAGCUUCAAAAAUCACCAAAGUCUUUAAAAACCUCAAAAAAGGCUACCACACCGCGUUCUAUGAGUUGCUCCUCGAAGUCAAGUCGCAACUGUAUUAACGGUGUUAAGAAAAGGAAACAAACUUGCAAGACGUUUCCAUCUUGCGAAGCAAGCCCAUAGGGAAAAUCGUCUUGCGAAGCAGCUCAAAAAACAAAAAACCCUUUCAUCUAGCGAGUUUUUUGUCUUGCGAGGCAUUCAUCUUGCGAGGUACCACUGUAGUAGAUAGAGACUUUAUGUCUGAUCUUAGAGCUGUGGUACUUAGUGCCAAGAUGGAGAGAGAAAAUCCCUUUGCCUGCUCUUUAGAGAAACUUUCUCUAAAAAGUAGGUGGCGCUGUGGUCUAAACCACUGAGCCUCUUGGGAUUGCCAAUCAGAUAGUCGGCGGUUUGAAUCCCUGUGAUGGGGUGAGCUCCUGUUGCUCUGUCCUAGCUCCUGCCAACCUAGUAAUUCGAAAGCACGUCAGUGCAAGUAGAUAAAUAGGUACCACUGUGACGGGAAGGUAAACGGUGUUUCUGUGCGUUCUGGCUUCCAUCACGGUGUUCUGUUGUGCCAGAAGUGGUUUAGUAAUGCUAGCCACAUGACCCGGAAAGCUGUCUGUGGAAAAACGUCAGCUCCCUCGGCCUGAAAGCGAGAUGAGCACAACCCCAUAGUCACCUUUCACUGGACUUUAACUGUCCUGGGGUCCUUUACCUUUACCUUACCUUUCUUAGGAGCUUGCAGAGGGAUCUUUGCAGCCACAUCCAGCCCAGUGCUGGAGUUGAGUUCUCUGGGAAUGCUGGGAAUGUGCCUGCUUGUCUCACUGGUGUGUGAGAAUUCGUCUAUGAGUAUGUGAAGGAGAGUGAGAGAAUUCUGCGUGCCUAGUGUAUGUGAUAAUUCACAGUGACAGGAAACUACAUGCAUUUUUUUGGGGGGGGGUGUCUUUUUUCACCCUGCCCACCAAAAUGCAAUACGACUAUUUAUCAAAGGACUGUACCUUUCUACAACUUGUGAUCUAAGAAAGCUUAUGUAACUGAGUGUCCUUUCCACAUUUAUUAGAGCGGCAGAACGCUUGUUGCUACGAAUCCAGAAAGAGUAUGGGAGACCACAGCAGGAAUUUAAGAACUUACAAAAAACUGCCAAACACAUAUUAUCAAACCACAGCACCAGACUUCAGGAAGCCAAGGAUCUUGUGAACGAGGCUACAACUAACACAAAUGAAACCAUGCGGCUGCUUUUUCUUAUUAACAGCAACCUCAAGGAAUACACUGUAAGGAAACUGGCAAUGCCAUUUGAUUUUACAAGAGAAAUUGUAAAGUAACUUUUAAGGGAAAUUUGCUUUAAAAAUGAAUUGAUAUUAAGAUUAGUGAGAGAGGCAACUUUUAACCUUUUGUGGUCCUUUUAAGUAUAAAAUGUCAGAUAUAUUCUAUAAUGUUGUUACAAAGUAUUAAAUUUGCCCAUCGUUGCAUUUAUGCCACAGCAAACAAAGCUGAAUGUUCAAGAAAAGAAGGAACUCUCUGUUAUGCUGACCAGAGAAGGCAAAGUACAGGUGGAUGCAGCUGCUGCACUUGCUAAAGAUGUAAUUAACUCUACAUCUGUAAGUUACUGAACACUUGAGUCAUCAUUUGUUAAAGUGAAUUAUCCAUGACUCAGCAAUAACUACUUUUGCAUAUUCAGAGUCUAGAAAUCCACCGGGAUGGACUGGUCCUAUGGAAUGGCAAACUAAGGCAGCAUGUGGAUGACCUGGUCAUGCAGAUGUCCACUCGAGGGGCUGUGGAUUUGGUUUACAGAGCGGAAGAACGUGCAGCUGAGUUACAGAGAGUUGCUCGUGCACUAGACAGGUGAGUGCAUCAUGAACUGAAGUGUGGAGUUGACUAUAUUACUGCCUUUACCAAUAAAGUCACCCCAAUAGGCCUGCUGAUCUUGAUGCCCUUCUGAGUUUUGCCCUUGGAGUUUAGCCAGCAUUUUAAGCUUUUAGUUGCUAUAUAGGAUGGACAAGGAAGGCAAGGAUUCAGGAACUGGGAUUUAAAUGACUGUUCUCUUGGUUGAGGGAUCUGAACAAAAUAAGUAAACCAAAUGAAAGCUAAAGUACAAAGGGAAGCUCAGUUAGUGUGGCUGCCUUGGGUAUUAGGGGAAUGUACUGCCAGAGUUUAAGCAACACUAUAAUGUUUUUUAUUUCAUGAAAAUUAUUUAUCUGUUUAAAGUGCAAUAGUCAAGCUAUUUAACGGUUUCCAAAAUAUGGUAUGUCCCUGCAUUGUGCAAUGUUUUAAUUAGCUUAAAUGUUACAUGAAAAAGUUACGAUUUUUCCUUCCUACCGCAGUGGUCUCUUGAAUGUUAGAAAUGUGUCCUUGAAUGCAACAAAUGCUGUCUCUGCAUUCUCCACCAUUAAAAGUUUGGUUGAAAGUGCAGCGAAUCUAGCAGGAGAUGCCUACAGGAUUAUAACAGAUGUGGUAAGUGCCGCUUUGAGAACUGAAGCACACUGCAUUCUUACUAAAAUCCAUGUUUCACUCUCUAGAAUGGGGCUGAGGGACCUUUGGCUCUCCAGAUGUUGUUGGACUACAGUUUUCAUCAUUGGCCAUGCAGACUGGGCCUGAUGGAAGCUGUAGCCAACAUCUGGAGGGCCACAGGCUGACCACCCUUGCCCUAGAACCAGAAUAUGUACCAUAUUGUUGUUGUUUAGUCGUUUAGUCGUGUCCGACUCUUCGUGACCCCAUGGACCAGAGCACGCCAGGCACUCCUGUCUUCCACUGCCUCCCACAGUUUGGUCAAACUCAUGCUGGUAGCUUCGAGAACACUGUCCAACCAUCUCGAUCUUUGUCGUCCCCUUCUCCUUGUGCCCUCCAUCUUUACCAACAUUAGGAUCUUUUCCAGGGAGUCUUCUCUUCUCAUGUGGCGGCCAAAGUAUUGGAGCCUCAGCUUCAGGAUCUGUCCUUCCAGUGAGCACUCAGGGCUGAUUUCCUUAAGAAUGGAUAGGUUUGAUCUUCUUGCAGUCCAUGGGACUCUCAGGAGUUUCCUCCAGCACCAUAAUUCAAAAGCAUCAAUUCUUCGGCGAUCAGCCUUCUUUAUGAUCUAGCUCUCACUUCCAUACAUCACUACUGGGAAAACCAUAGCUUUAACUAUGUACCAUAUUGCUAGUCCUCAAAUAAAAAAUAUGAUCUCUCUGACAUGCCUAAUGUAAAAUCAAAGGCAAAUUUGAGCUUGGAUGUAAUUGCUUGAUUUGUUAGUUCAUGGUCACAACCCAUUCUCAUAAAAGAGAAUGUGAAUGACUUUGGAUUGGUAACAGUAAUCGGCAUUCUUGAUCAAUUAUUUUUUCACAUGAAAUUACUUAAAAGAUUAAAAAAAUAAUAAUCUGAGUUAGAGUGUAGUCCUGUGCAAACUGGGAAUAAGCAGCACUGAACAUAGUGUGAUUUGUUCACAAGUAAAUAUCCAUAGGAUUGUGCUGUAUACUCAGAAGCAAGUUCUGCUAAGUUCAGUUGGAUUUACUUCCAAGGGCAUAGGAUUUCAGCCUAACUGUCAAAUCUAGGAUUCCUAGAAAGGUAGUACUGCAUUUAAAUACUGGAUAUGUUCACAAUGCCCCAUUUCUACACAUUUUGUUCCACUAUCCAGUAUAGUAAUAUUUUUUGUUGCUGAUAUUGUUGUUGUUACAUCACUUUCUGAGAAAUAAAUGUUUUGCAGAACUAAUUUUAGGAUUGAGGAACAUAUACCAGAAUAAUAUGUAAACAUAAGAAUGUAUUCCUUUAAAUUCUGGCCAUACAUUGACAAUUAAUACUUUCCCCCCAAAAAAUUGUAUUGUAGGGCUUUUCAUAUAUAUAAAUAAUACUUUUCAUAGAGUUCGUGUAUAACAGUGUUUCCUUACUUGAUUAUUUUAAGCCAAAAGAAACUUUUAAUUCUACUGGGAAAAACAUUCUCCAGCUUGGCUCCAAGUUUUUGACGGAAGCAAAAAGUUUGCACAAGAAGUAUGAAGGUAAGUAUAAAAUAUGGAUAGCUUAUGAAAUGUUGACUACUAUACUGAUGGUCAUUAUUAAAACAAGUGGAGUAAGUCCAAUUACACUCUCUCCCUUUAAAAAGAGAUAAUUGUUUCUUAACUUUCCAGCAGCAAUUAACAGAUGUUGACAAAAUGCUGACCCUUUGCAUUACUCCCUUUCCCAGGUGAUGUGUAUGUAUGUAUACAGAAUUUUAUAGAUAUAUUAUUUAUAUCCCACAUCACCUCCAGCUAUGGAAGCCAUCCUACUAGAAGUCAGUGUGGGGGUUUUCUUCAUUUGCUCUCCCAGUGACACAUGUAUCUGGCUGCAAACCUACCAUCAAUUUUUGUCCCUUUCAUGCAGGCCUUUUUGCAUUGAACAAAGCUCUUUGUUUUGGGCAGUGGGCCAGUGAGGAGGGCUUUAUAAGUGAUGUAAGGGCCUAGCAAUCAGCUGGCUGGUGGUGGAGAAGGGAAUGACUUCAAAAUUGUCAGAAUCAUCCAUCUGCAAAGUUGGCAGAUGGCUGGUUGCUCACCUCAUUUUGAAAGUUUGCACAUCUGUUUGCAAAAGGGGUGAGUGUGGAUCCACAGCGUGUUUGUCAUUCAAGCACUGUACAUGUGUACACAGCCUUAAGAGGAACCAGAAAAUUAUUUAUUCACAGUUGGGUGGGAAAAUGUUGUCACCUAAGAUGAACAAGUCUUGCGGGAAAUUGGUUCCCGAGAAGGAUGCUGAAUGCAAAACUCUCUGCUUACAGAUACCUGUGUGGAAAAGUCCUGAUUGGUCAGGGGAGAUCUCCUGUGUACAACUUUAGUACAGUGAGCCUGCAACUUAUGCACAUUUAGCUAAUGCACGUUCAGCUUUACACGCUCAACAAAAAAAUAUUUUUUAAAAAGUGGGGGGGGGGGGAGAGGGGGGCAGUGUCCAGGAAAAAAAGACUUUGGCAAUCCCACCCAUCAAUCCCAAUGUGUUUUGACCAUACAUGAUUUUGGCUUGAGAUCUCUAGAACGUAAAUGCUGCAUAAGUUUUGGGCUUACUGUAUUAUGAUUUAUGUCUUAAUUGAGAGCAAAGCAGCUAUUAAUCAGAAUUAGAUCACCAUAACUGUGUGUUUGAUUUGGAUAUCGAAGAGAUCUGCACUCAGCCGUGAAUGUUACAAAGUGACCUUGGACCAGCAAUCAUCCUACCUCACAGGUUGUUCUGAACAUCAAAUGGGAUGGGUAUAAUCAUGUGCCUGAGCUCCUUUCAGGAAUGGUAGAAUAAAACUGAUACAUACUGUAUAUUAGCAUGGAGUAUAAACAUUUAAGAAACAUGUUAUGAGCCUGAACCACUUCCACAUUUCCCCUCUGGCAGCAUACUUGGCAACAGGGAAGAAUUUUGACAGGAUGUUUGCUGUGUGUGUUUGCAGCAUGCGGUUUGGCUCACUUGUGCUAUAUAAAGCCUUUUCUUUUCCUGACAUACUUUUACAGUACAUCUGCUCUCAUUGCCAUACUGUGGUCUCUACUACAGGGUCUGAUUUGGGAUGAAUGUUGAGGGAGACUAUUAGACAACUGGUCUUGCCUUGCACCUAUGCAUUGAGUUUGAUAACCUUGGAAGCAGUGGUGUGAAGAAGCAGCCAGCUAUGUCAGGAUUACAAGUGUUUAUUCCUCCAUAGGGCUUACAUCUGGAUUAAAUGAGAUGAACAUAAAAGUGGAAAAACUUAGAGAGACAGCUAGUGGAUUUGCUAAACAGUUUAAUGGCUCACUGUUGCAACUGACUGCAUUGCCAAAUGGUAAGUGAAAUCCAUCUUGACUUCCUCUUCAUUACACAAGGUAAGUAUAUUUAACUUGAGCAGCACCCCUGGUCAUCACUAAUUGGAAAGUUCAGCAAUACCUUUACGUUUUGAGAAUGCUGAAAACAGAGGAAGCGACAGUGGCAUGUAAGAAGAAAAGGUCUUCAUUGUGUAUCACUUUCUUGGAUAUGUACCAUAUAGGAUAGACAUUUUCUUUUUCCUGGAAGGGUUCCUAUGACUUUGCCACAUGCAGAGGAAGAAAAUUUCAACAGGCAGCCUUUACUCUUCGUUGCUCCAUAUUUAGGCCAGGCAACGGUUAAGGUAUUGACAUCCUGCCUGGUAUUCAUCUGUAAAGACACAGGAGCUCUGAAACAAAACGAAACAAAAAAAAAAAAAUCAAAACCUUUGCAACCUUUAAGCUGUAAUGAAGAUUUUAAUUGAAUUCAUUGAAAGCAUGCUGGUGAAACAGUAAUGAAAAGAAGAGCCUUAAAAGACUUAGGAAAAGCCUUAAAAACUUUAGAACUUCGCAUAAGUAAAAAAAAAAAAAAGAGAGAGAGAGAGAAGGAAAAAGAAUAGCUCUACUGUGUUGUUCUAAAUAAUAUUUCUUAAUAAUACAAACAACCUAAUUAAACUUUAUAGUAGCUUUUCUGUUAUAUUUUUAAACAAGCAAGGGACUUUACCUAGUUUAAGAUAAUAAUAGCUUGGAAUGUAGAAUAUUUUUUAAUGGAAAAGAACAGACUUUUAACAUCUUGUUAAAGACUUGUUAAAGACUGCUUGUCGAGUCCAUUUGCAGUAGACAGUGUCUGAAUUUUUUUCUACUAGAAGAUGCUGAGUCUGCUUUUGAUGGCCCAAUUAACUUAAUACUGUUCAGUGAGCCAACAUCUCUCUUAAGAUUAAAAACCAACCCAUUUUACCAUUCAGGACAUUAAGGUGCAUCGAAAUGUAACAUCUGUUGACUAAAGGAAACCUACAUUUAAAUGUUAAUGCAGUGGAGGUAAUUGACUUGAUGACUACUUAAAUCAUAAUCAUUCCUUGAUGUUAAUAAAUUAAAAUACUUAUCUUCUGCUGUGUGUUUGCAUCCAUAGGAAAUUAGCAGCUUUGUUGGGGAUGUGGGUACAGUUUAAGUUGGGGAAACUGCAUAGGGAAAGUAUUAAUCUCUCAACUCUCCAUGGCUGCUUUAUUGUAAAGAGACAAACAAGUCUGUUAAGGGAUCUUGUUUGCUUAUCUCUCGCAUCAUAGAAUCAUAGAGUUGGAAGGGACCAUGAGGGUCAUCUAGUCCAACCCCCUACAUACCCAGUUUGGCCUCAAAACUGGUAGCUAAGACCCAGAGCCUGAGUUUUCUGCCCCGAAUGCAAGUAGGUAAUCUACUUAUGUUGAUCAUAUGUUUCAGAUACCAGUGAAAAUAUUCUCGCUGUAAGAGAGCUGGCUGUGUCUGCUAAUACAACUGCUCUUAAUGGUUUAAGGCACACUGGGGUUUUUAGUGAGAAGUUCCUGAACACUUCAUUCACAUUGUCUAAGGUUAAUGAGACAUUGCGGAAAACCAAUGAACUUAUAAUCGACUCAUCAAAAGCUGGUAGGUUUGCUGCUUCAUUGCUCCCUAGAAAUGUCCCUGCAUGUGAGAGGGGAGUUAAUUUUUAAACCUAAGUAUUCCUUAUCUUUAUUUACAUUAAAGCUAGUUUAUACUACUUCUCUUAAAAGUGUGCAGAUGAGAUUUGCUAAAUACUUUUCCCAUGACAAGUAUGCAUUUCAGAACUGCAAUCCUAAAUUAAUAGGCCAUAAUUAUAAGAAAUGCUUUAAACUGGCCAUUACAUAUGCAUUUUGUACCGGUGUAUGUUUUUUCACUUGAACGCAACGAAAUCUUCAGUUUUCUCCAAAAUUCAAGCAAUAGCACCUGUUUCAAAACCUCAACUUCUUUUUUUUUUUGGCAGCAGCGUCAGCUGAAAGAAAAGUGAAUGAAGUUGAAAUCCAGGCCAGCCUCCUGUUUGGUAGGCUGAAGCCUCUGAAAGUGCUGGAAGAGAACCUCAGCAGAAACAUCUCGGAAAUUAAAGAGCUCAUCAGUCAAGCCCGUAAACAGGCCGCCUCUGUAAGCAGCUUAUUCCCUUCUACAUGGUCUAGGAGGGGGAAAUGCUACUAAGCUUCAAUGCUACGCACAUGCCCGAAUCAAUAGUGUACGUGUGUGUGUUGCAAUAUGAAGACACAGGCCACAAUUCAGGGUCUCAUGGAAUAUCCAGUAGCACUUUUGAUUUCUUUCUUUCAACAACAUUACGCCUAUGUAUGAACUCCCUGCAGUUUAAAAGGUGAUUUAUUAUGCAGUGUGUCAAAUUACUGGUUAGGAAAAAAGAAUUUGAAAAGCUAUACAGGGCAUGAGGAGUUCUGUAGCUUGUACCCAUAGUAGUUCUUAUUAGUAAUGUUGAGCUCUUUGUUUUCUUAAUCUAUCAGAGUUUCUAGAGAAAUUUCCUUUAUGUGAAGUUACAUUAACAUUUGUCAACUUGUUGCUCCUUGUGCUGUAGUUCAUAGAUAGCCAGUUGACAUACUAGCUGGCAGAACUGUCCCCUACAACAAUUUUACCUAUUUCCUUACCAAGCUGUUGUAAAACAUUUGACCCUACAGUGGCAAAACAGAACUUUAGCAAAUUUCUUAGAUCACAGUGAACAGGUGUCCCAUUUACGUUUAGAAUUCCUGGAUCAGAACGUAACAAAAAUGCUUCUUUGUCAGUUUGUCUCUCUCUCUCUCUCUCUCACUUACUCUUUUGCUUUUCUAUAUAUAAAGGCCCUGCCACUCCAUAAAGCCCCAAAGUUGCAUCAUUAAAAUUAAAAUUUAAUUAAUAUCAUUUAUUAUUUAAUAACAACACCAUUAUUGAUGGUGGUGGUGAUGAUUAAUACUAUAAAUACGACACAAUCCUAGAAACUAAUUGGCUGAGGCAAGUCUAAACAAUUUUAAAUUUGACAGACCAUUUCUGAAGACAUGUACAACGUAUAUACCAACCUUGCCUUUUUUCUUCUUCUCUUUUUUCAGAUUAAAGUCGCCGUGUCUGCAGAAAGAGACUGCAUUCGUGCUUAUCAGCCCCAGAUACUGUCUACAAACUAUAACACAUUAACAUUAAAUGUUAAAACAACUGAACCUGAUAACCUCCUGUUUUACCUGGGUAGCAGUGGUAAAGUAAGCAGAAGGAUUUAGAACAUUUUAUAUGGCAACUUAAGUCUUCAUUUUAUAUGUUGGAAACUCUUUACCAAAGACCAAGUGUUCUGGUCAUUUACUGGAAAACCUUUUAGCUGUCCCUUUAUACUAGAUGGCUACUGGGUGUGAUAGGUCACUCUAUCUAUUCAUAUACAUUCAUUGGUGAAAUGGGGAUUCUAAUCCACAUUAGAACCAUAGAACUGUAGAGUUGGAAAGGACCCUGAAGGUUUUCUAGUCCAAUCCCCUGUAAUGCAGGACAGAUGACCAUCCAACCUCUGUUGAAAACCCUCCAAGAAAGCAGACUGUGAUAUUGUAUCUAUGUAAGCUCUUGAAUACUCCAAAUAGCAGUGGUAAGGAAAGGGUUCUUAAAUUUGUAUCAUAUGAUAUAUGAAAUACAUGGAAAGAUACUGUUCCUGACAUUAAUAGCAUUCAUGAUUGCUUACAGCUAAUUUGGAUUGUUUUGUAUAGUGGUUAGCAUUUAUACAAUAACAACUGGUUCUUCAACUACUUUCUGGGAGCGCCAGCUGUAUCUUCAAUUAAACAAUCCUUCGGAUAAUUAAGCUUGGAUAAUUUUGUAUUGUCGGCACACCUUACAAAUGCACUGUUAGUUUUAUUUUCCUUGAAUGCUUCAUUUGCACAUAGCAAGUUUAAUGGUCCCCAAAAUUCUGAAUAGAGGUUUUUGUGGGGGUUUUUUUUUAGUGUUUAAGUUGCACUUAACACUGUGUGUGUGUCUUGAAUUAUUGAACCAUUGGCUUCUCGAAACUCAGUGUGAUCUGCAUGUGUUCAGAUUGCCAAUUUUAUUUUCAGUAUUCUUGUACAAGUGAUUAAUAUGCAAGUGAAGUGGUGACUACUUACUGCAGUGUUUGGCCAAUUUUAGCCAUUCCAUCCCAUUAAAGCCCCUCUUUUUUGAGCAGAGUCAUGUUCCUUUGUUUGAAAUGGCCCAGUCCACAAUGUGAGGUCAAAUGAUACAAAUAGUUUCCUGAGAGAAUCAUUCCCAUAUGGGCCAAUGUUGUAAAGUGUUAGGUAAAGGUAAAGGGACCCCUGACCAUUAGGUCCAGUUGUGGCCGACUCUGGGGUUGCGGUGCUCAUCUCACUUUAUUGGCUGAGGGAGCCGGCGUACAGCUUCCAGGUCAUGUGGCCAGCAUGACUAAGCCGCUUCUGGUGAACCAGAGCAGCGCACGGAAACGCCGUUUACCUUCCCGCCGGAGCGGUACCUAUUUAUCUACUUGCACUUUGACGUGCUUUCGAACUGCUAGGUUGGCAGGAGCAGGGACCCAGCAACGGGAGCUCACCCUGUAGCGGGGAUUUGAACCUCCGACCUUCUGAUCGGCAAGCCCUAGGCUCUGUGGUUUAACCCACAGCACCACCCGCGUCCCUUUGUAAAGUGUUACUGUGCUGCUUAUUUAACAUGUGAACUGAGUCUCAUUUGGAUUUGAUCAAUGCUUUCAAAUACUGUCUUUUAGUAGCUGACAUUCACCAACGUUAGCCAUUUGGGCAUUCUCUCAGUGUUUUGGCAACCUUGUUUUUAGGCUGAUUUCAUGGCAGUGGAGAUGCGACGUGGGAAGGUGGCCUUUUUGUGGGAUAUGGGCUCUGGAUCAACGAGGCUGGAAUACCCUGACUUUUCCAUUAACAACAACAAAUGGCACAGAAUACAUGCUACAAGGUAAGAUGUAACUGGUGUGCAGCACAUGUAAUUAAUGAACCCUAGGGGAAUAUCAGAUUUGCACAGUCACCAAUAAACCUGAAAUAAUUACUGUCUAAAGGAGAAUUAUUAUUAUUUUAUUGGGAAGUACAACUCAUCCAAAUAAUUGGGGUUGAUGAGAGCAUCUGCUGUCAACCAUGUAUAAUGUAGCCAUUUUUAAUUUCAGAAAAUUUUGCAGUUCUUUCUUUAGUGAUAAGUAUAUAACACAGAUUGGCAGUUAAGCAUGCAUUACUAUUUUUAAUCCCCUUAUUAUUUGUGAUAAUUAGGUUUGGAAGAACUGGCACUCUGAGUGUAGAAGAGGCAAACGCUUCUCAGAAGCCCUUUAUGAGAACUGCCACCUCAUCUGGGACAGCUACAGUACUGGAUGUAAACCAAUCAACACUCAUGUUUAUUGGUGGACUUGGAGGACAAAUAAAGGUGAAAAAAUUAAUAGCCAUGCUGUAAUACUUCAUUAUUGUUCAUUAUUGUCGCUUUCCACUCACUGUUCUGUGAUGAAUGAACAAUAAUUGCCACACAUUCAGAGAUGACAGGAGAUAUGUUUAGCAGCAUUUCUUCCAAAUCAUGCAGCUUCUCAGCUGGCAGAUCCUGAAUGUAGAAUUGUGCUCCUAGUUGACUAUGGAUAUCAUUUUUGUAUUUUUCUUCUUAUUUUAAGCCACCUGCACACAUAUAAUUAUGAAUAACCGUAUCAGUAAUGCUCUUAUUUGCCUAGUACAAUUUAUCCUGAUUAUCAAGUUACAACUUUAGGCCACGGAUUGCUGUUUAUCUGGAUAAAUGUCAAAUUCCCUUUUUUAUUAUCAUUCAUGGUGAAUGUGCUUCUUCUGUACAGAAAUCACCUGCCAUUAAGGUUACUCAUUUUAAGGGAUGCAUGGGGGAAGCAUCCUUGAAUGGCAAAUCUGUUGGACUUUGGAACUAUGUGGAGAGGGAAGGCAAGUGCAAUGGAUGCUUUGGAAGGUGAGAACAUGAAACAGUUUAUAGAAAUCUGUAAUUAAAACAGGAGUUGUCUUGCAUGUUUGCAUAAAUACAGCUUCUCCACAGGAGUGAUGGUUGGUUGAGCUGGGCAUUCCUGCUUUGCUCCUCAUUCGUAUAAAGGCUCAUGAUCUUUUGUGUGGCUGGGUCCAGGUUCCAAACCACACCACCAUGACUGUAGAAACUCCUUGGGGCUUUUAUUUGGUGCAGUUGCCUGCCAUUGUUUCCUGUGAGCAUAUUGAAGCUCCUUACCAUUUUACAGAAUCCACAUGAAAAGAAGGGAGUACAUGUGCUUCAUCACAGCCAAACUAUGGAUGGCUGUUGGGUUCCUGGUUUUGUACUUCGCCUUUCCCCUCCCCAAAUGCAGAUUGAUUUUUUUCACCCACUUCCUAGCUUGUGGUAACUAUAAUUUGCCAUGAUAUGCAAACUGAGCAAUCCUUGGUUCCUGCUAAAAACAAUGCCUCAAAAACUAAACAGUGUGUUCUGAUUCUUGUUGGGCAGAAUGCUGUGGUUACCGCUGAUUGGUUUUUUUGCCUGAGUUUGAAAGUCACAGGAAACUGGUGUAAAUGAGAGAAGGCAUGGGGCAGUGGUUAGGACCAGGAAGACUUAGGUUCAAAUCCCCAAACAAGUCGUGAAGCAAACUUUCAGCCAGUCACUAUCUUUCCACUUAACCUACCUCACAGUGAUCUUAUGAUUACAUGACAAGGGGAUGAUAAUCUAUUACUACUGCUACUCUUAGGAAGUAGACAAGGGAACUUUUGCAACCAGAGCACAUUCCCCAUGAUUAAACUCUGAUUUGGAUGUUUUUCCAUGCAUGUAUAUUUGUUCUCUGUGAAAAUGUGCUUUAAAAUAGCAUCAGAUAUUACAUUCAUUUAGUUCUCAAAUAUGGGAAGCCCAGCCAGAUGGGCGGGGUACACAUAAUAAAUUAUUAUUAUUAUUAUUAUUAUUAUUAUUAUUAUUAAUGUUUUAAGAACUGUAUAUGACAAAAAAAUUGUUUAUUUUAUUUUGCAUAUUCCUGGUAGGUAUCAUUUGUAACCAGCAGAGGGAGAUGCAGGACUAUUUUAGAAAUCUUUUAAUAUCAUCAGACCAAUCCUUAUAAUUAUGGCUUGAUUUCUUGAGCCACUUUUCCUGAGAGUGUUUAUCCAGUAAAUCAGUGACAGCAGUUUGGAAGAUUGGAAUGUAUAUAUUCUGUUUUUGCACUUGAUAAUUUUACCAUAAUAAUUAUUUCAGAAUAUGCCGCAAUUUGCAAUUUGGCUUAUCAGGCUGGUUAACAUGGUAGGCAAAUUGUGUCAGUUAAUUGAAGUUAAACAAGCAAAUUUCCCCCUGUAUUGGUCUGUAAGAUCACUUAGAUGACCCGGAGGAAUUCAACUUGUGAUAUCACACCCUGCAGAAGACAAUAGGAUGGUGACCCACAACACAAAAAACAGUACUAUUAACAGCAUAUGAAAACAUAAAACAGGAAUUCAAACACCUGAAACAUGGGCUGGUUCCAUAGAUCAGGGAAAGCCAGGGCAAAAUUAUAAAUCUGUACAAGAUGCCUGAAGCAGCAGAAGCUUACUGCUUUAUAUGUGGACGAGAGGAGAGCAUUCCACAGUACAGAGGCAACAGCUGAAAAUGCCCAGUUUUUGUAAUGUGCAUUGCUUAGAGGAUUUUUUUUAAAUAAAUGAUUUAUAAAUGCUUUUAAAUAAAAAUGAUUAGCUCAAGGUUCUGUGGGUAGAGUUUCCAUUCUUGACAAGGAAACGACUCCUUUUCUGGAGGCUGGAACCCUUUAAAUGUUUUGUUUGUUUCUGCAGCCCACAGGAUGAAGACACUUCAUUUCACUUUGACGGGAGUGGAUAUUCAGUGGUGGAGAAGUCACUUCGCUCCACUGUGACCCAAAUCAUAGUAUUUUUCAGCACCUUCUCGCCAAAUGGGCUCUUAGUGUACCUGACUUCUAAUGGCACAGUAAGAAAACUCACCCAGUGUUUAAAAGCACUAUUUAGACCAGUAGUUUCCAAAGAUUCUGUGGAAAUGACUAGUGAUUGUAUAUACUUUUCAAGAAAAAGUGGCACUGACUAUUUAUAUAGUACUAUGGUUUUCUGCUGAAUGUUGAAAACCAUUGUUUAAAGGCAUAUAGAAUCUUUAUUUCCCCCUGACAUGCAUACAUAAGAUCUUGGGCAGUAUCCAACUAACUUGUUCUUGCACAAUGGAACUGCCACCCUCCUCCCUUUGCACACACCCCUAAAUCUUUUCUGGGUUUCUUCCAACCCUCUAGAGCAGAUUUGGGGAGGGCACAAGGAACAUGCUGGGAGAUGAGGGGGAAAGUUCCAUUGAGCAGGAUCAGGUUGGUUGGAUACUACCCUUGGUGUUUUAUAUUGUAUGUUGCCUUGAACUUAUUGAGAGGAGAGGAUGUUACCAAAGAGCUUUUAUUUAUUUUCUGACUUUUGUUUCAUCCUUGCAGAGGGAUUUCUUGUCUCUGGAGCUUGUGGAUGGCAAAGUUAAGCUAACUGUUGAUCUUGGUUCAGGUCCUCUUACCCUUAAAACAGAAAGCCGCUACAAUAAUGGAACAUGGUAUAAAAUUUCAUUCACCCGAAACAAAAAAGAAGGUAAAAUGUUACAUAUGGGCUGAAAAAAACAGAUGCUUACUCUUUCUAUAAUUAUUAGCAGAUAGCCAAAUGGAGGGAAAACCAAGCGAAGUAAACUAUUCCUGUCUCCAUGAUUUUGAUGAAAUAAUGGUCUCAGGUGAUUUAAUUUGCGUUGUUUUAGAAAAGGCCACAGCUUCAUGCAAAUGUCCAAGCAUGUUUUUAGCUAAAUCCAAAUAGACUUCAACAUUACUUCUUCUUAUGUGUUUGUUUGUUUUUUAAUCCAACUUCUAAGAGAAGUUACUUGAUCUAUUGGAACUGUGUAUCAGCAAAACAGUGACAAAAUUCUGUGAAUUAAUUUUCAAUAUAGUGCAGAAGCUUAAACAUUUCUUGGCUUUUGAGAAUUGUUUUAUGAGGACGAUGCACUUUGUUGUACAUUAGGGUGAAUAACAUAAAUCAAUAAAUGGGCUCGUGCUGGGACAGGAAACUUUCCAAGUGACAGUCAAGAAGCAUAUGUGUGUGUGAACAAGAUGAUGACCCCUAGUUGGGUGGAGCAUCCAUUCUGCAUUCAGGAGGACCCAGGUUCAAUCCCCAGCACCCCCAAGUUGGGCGGGGAUCAGUGGCACCAGCUGCUGGGGGUUGAGCCCUUUUAGGGGGCACCAAUAUUUUUGGGGGGUGGGGCUGCCCCCAUGUCCAAAAAGCGCAAAGGCAAAGCAUGGAGCUGAGCACAGCACAGCUCCAGUGGCCAGCUCCUCCUCCUCCUGCCACAAGAAGUAACCUCCCACUGGUGGUGGCACCAGGGGGAAAGAGAGAGCCACUUGCCAUGAAAGCUGCAUGGCCACCACAUUCAGCUCCUUCCCCGGUUCCUCCCAAUGUCCUGAUGUCAUGCAUAAGAUGUUGGCCACCACCAAUCAUCCUCCUAAGCUGGCGCCUCUGGCUGGGAUAGACUCCUGGAGAGCCACUCCCAACUAGUGGAUAAUAUUUGACCAGAGGAACCAAAUAUAACAGGUCUUCCAGUGUUCUUAUGAGAGCCUUGGCUGCUACCAUGCGAUGACAUGUUGUAACAUUCCCAGAUUACUUCAGGAAGCAGGAUGCUGGUCUAGAUGGAGGUUCGGUCUCAUGAUAUAGGAUUCUACUUUUUAUGCUGUUUUGUUAUUCUGUUCACAUUGAUCUGACUUAUCAGUGAAGGUCACUUUCUGUAUAAUGCUACCACUUCUUUUUUAUUACUCCUUGGUGGGAGAUUGUUUUGACUGGUUGGUUCUGUUCUCGCUGAUGUCAGCGCCUGACAGUUGACAAUUCAUAUAUAAGCUAGAGUACUUACACAUUCAAAAUACCUGUUUAGGUUUGUUUACUUUAAUUGAAUUCUCCAUGGGCCUUUGAUCUUUUGGCUUAAUGCUAAAAUGUCCUUACAUCAGUUUAACCAUGCGACAAAUCAGGUUGUAAAUUUCAGACAGUGAGAUUCUUCAGCAUGGAAUCUAUAUAGUUGUUUUCUCUGGAGGUUUCUACUCAACUGCGUAACAGUGGAGGCAAGGCAAGGAUUUAAAAUGAGAUUAGCCCUUUAAGAUUCACAACCAUAUAACCAAGUAUUGGAACUUGGUUAGUGGAAGGAAGAAAUCAUACAGUGUCAGAAGUACUUUACCCAGUCACUAUCCAACUGGAGUGACUGGAAACCAUUGCUCACAAAGAGCUUGACUUGUGAAACAUGGAAAUAAAUAAGGAAUGGCAUCCAGGGUCAAGUGAAUGGACAUCUGCUUGUGCAAGAGCGCCUCCUUAUCCUCUUAACUCCCUUUCAGCUCCCAUCUCCUGCCCCUGCUUCCCUCAUCUGCUCUGGAGAGUUCUUCAGUCCUCCAGAAUAAUUUGGGGUUGGGAAUUAUGGAGAAAGCAGGAUCCAUUCUGUCAGCUGCGUUCAUUCUACAGGCAGACAUACAUUGUUGGAUUUCACCCCAAGGAGGUUUUGGUUCAUGAACCUAUGAGAAAUUUACUGCAUAUGUGUUUGUUGAAUCAGGAAGACUGGAAAAACUUGGAAAUUGACAUUGCUAUUACCUGUUGUGGAAAUAGUGUCCAAAAUAGCAUAUAAGCCAUAUGUUUCAUAUUUUUCCUUAAUGAGGAAGGGGCCUUCAUAGAAGAAUUAGAUUAGCUCAGUAAAAUAUCUAGACUCAUAUUAGUAAAGCAGUUUGUCAAAAUGAUAUCCUGUUACUAUUAUGUUUUGCUGUAAUGUUUGAGUCGUAACAAAUGUAGCAUAGCAAAAUCUCAGAUAUUUCUGUUUGCUAAUCUCUGAUUUCAUUACCCUUUCAGGGAUUUUGGCAGUCAUGGAUGCUUAUAACCUGAGUUCUAAAGAAACCAAACAAGGAAUAUCCCCUGGUACAGCCUCUGACCUGAAUCGUUCCGAUAAGGAUCCUAUUUACAUUGGCGGGUUACCGCGGUCAAGGGCAGUAAGGUAGGCUUAAAUAAAAAGAGUUAUACACUUAGAUCUUCCUAUAUUUGAACUUUCUCAUAUAGUAUUUAAAUGCAGGGUCCCAGGUUCCUUUGAACUCCUAAUUUGCUUUGAACUUCAGGCUUCAUAACACUCCUUACUUGUUUUUAUAUAGUGUUUUAUUUUGUGUGUUUUGCUUUUGUUUGUCUUAGUAAACUAACUAAGCAAGCAAACUAAGAAAACAAACAUGAAUGCAUCACAAUCUAUAUAAAUACACUCAUUUCCACCCACCUUCUUUUCUGCCUAGCAUAUUGCAAACCAAAUACCAAUACCAAACUGAAAAUUGCCCUGACAUUUCUUAAGAAUUAUCUGAGAAUCUGGGAAGAGAUGCAGGGAGAGAGGGAAGAAAAAGUUUCUCGCUGUGUCAGGUUUCAUUUAUGAACAGAAUUCAAAAUGAUUGUGAAUGUAUCCAGUAACCGUUUCCCUCUACUAGUUUUCAUUGUGUGCUUGCUUAUUCUGUAAUUUGGAUUUACACAGCCAUUCCUUUUGAGCUAAAUAUCGUAGACCAAUGUUUCUCUCCCCACCCCAAUAAUAUUUUCUCUUUUUAGGAAAGGGCUUAACAGUAGAAAAUAUGUGGGAUGUAUUAAGAACUUGGAAAUAUCCCGUUCCACUUUUGAUUUGCUUAAAAACUCAUACGGUGUGAGGAAAGGCUGCAUUUUGGAGGUAGGACACACAGGCAGUUCUUGGUAAAUUUAAACUGAUUGCUACUUGCUGCUGGAAAAAACCAAUCAACAGUGUCUGCUGAUACUAUAAUGGAUGCUAUAAUGUUGAUAAAUUGUCAGAUAAUCAACUCCUGCAUUGUUAUGUCUCUGACAGAUAGAAGAUCUAAUUCACUCAUUUUAUUUCUCUUCUUUUGCAAAAUAGCCCAUACACAGUGCUAGUAUCUUGAGCAAUGGCUAUAUUGAGUUGCUGCCCAAACCCCUGUCAGCAGAAUCAGAACUUAUGGCCACUUUUGCUACAAAGAAUGCCAGCGGCAUCAUCCUCGUUGGGCUCAGUAAAGGCGCAGAAAAGCGAAGGCGCAGGCAAGCUCAGCUGGUAAGCACCCAACCAUCUUUUCAGCUCUUGUGGUCUCAAGUGUCUUCUUAGUCAUUCCCUAGUGGUGUCAUCCAAAGUCAAGCAGGGAUGCUCACACUGUUGAGCACAAUUCAGAUUGGAAUGGGGUGAGCAGAACUGGGAUUGGGCAGCACAGUUUACAAGGAGUAUGCAAGAGAGUAAUAGCUGAACUUGAUCUUCUCCAUCUUUCUCAGCCCUUUUUCUCCAUCAUGUUGGUCAAUGGCCAUUUGGCAGUGCAUGUCAAUGCCGGGGACAGAGCAAGUACAAGAAAGGUCCUCGUUGAGCCUGCUAAUGGAACUUACAGCGAUGGGCGAGAACAUUCGGUCAUCCUGACUCGGAAUAAGAGGUAGAAGCGGAAUCACUUGUUUAAUUAAGGCCUGUUGUCAAGUUUACCAUGUUCCCUAAAGAACUGGCUUAGUUUAGUUCAUUUCAGUAGAAUAACCACAGUUGUGUUUUUCUGCUGUUAAUGGAGAAGUUGUGAUUUAUAUGGUAAUUGCAUACACUACAGAGCCUCUGAUUAAGUUGUGCAUGGAUGCUCUCUUGAAAUUGCUAGACAUUUUGGCCACCAGGGAGAAUCAUGCCAAGUACUGAUACAAGAAGUACACACACAAUUAGCUAUUUUAUUUAUUAGAUGGAGAAACAUAUAAAUCCAAUGUUUUAUGCGACACCUACAACUGAAUUAGUGCUAGAAAUUAAUUGGAAUGCUACUGAACACGCCUGGUCUGCCACACAAUCGGGACUGCAAGAUCCUUUGGAGAACCACCAUUAUUUCUGAUUCAUUUACUGUGGAUUCCUCACUAUUAUUGUUCUUAAAUCAGACAUUUUUUUAAUUGGAUAAUAGUUCACUUUGUGGUGUUUUCUUCUUCUUUCCAGGAUUAUAACUGUCCAGGUGGAUGAAAGUAGCCCUGCAGAAAUUAGGCUUGGCCCAUUGGCAGAAACUAGGCCAAUGAAUAUAUCCAACUUCUUCAUUGGUGGGAUUCCUGCAGGAGAAGGCAUUUUAGGACUAAAGAUGGCAGGCUCUUUCUAUGGCUGUAUAACCAACUUGAUAUUUAAUAUGGAGUAAGUUUAUUAUUUAAUUAAAAUAUCCGUGUAGAGCCUUUAUUUUCAGAGCCAAAGCUCCCUCAAGGUGGCUUCUGUGAAAGUGAUAAUGUACACAACACAAUUAUAAAUUAAAGCUAAGAAACCAGAAAUAAUAAAACACACAGGAACCCCCAAACUUAACAUGGGCAAAUCCAUAGCUAUGGUUCUUUGACAAUGAUAUCAAAUUGAUUAGAUUGCCAUCCUUGUUUCCAUUGCUUUAGCCUUAAACCUUAAAUUCUUCCUAAGGCCUUUUUUUGCCCAGAUGAUGAUACAGCAGAUUAUGUUGCCGCUCUGUAGCUGCUCGCAAGUAUUCUCUGGGUACAACGGUUGCUUGCUGGUGGUGAUGUGCGUCACUUGGCAUUCACGUCACAGGAAAACAUGCAGGUGUCAAGUUUUUGCCUCACUUUGUUUAAAGUUGCAAUGAAGUCCAGAAUCACAGCUGACUGUUAUGGAGGAUGUGUCCUGGGUGGAACAAAGAACAGGCAAAACCUGUAGAUGUUACACCCAAAACACAUAAUUGUGGAGAUGUCUGACUAGUGUCAAUAAACGUGAGGGCUCUUUUGAAUUUCACAUAGGGAGUUUUUGUAAGCGCUGCAUGUAACAUGUCUCCAGCUUUCAUAGUAUGCACAGUGGACCUGUUAACAGUGGUUCUGUUUCUUGUGUGUUUCAUUGAAAUAAAUAACUUGUUCUUUCUUUAAAACCCAGACUUCUGGAUUUCACCACUGCAGUGAGGUAUGAAGGUGUUGAUAUGGAUAGUUGCUUCCUUUGGGAGAGGCCUAGGCCUACCAUCCAGCCAGAAGACAUUGAGAUCCUUCCUGAGAUGCAGAUGAUGCCAAUUUCUUACAGGCCUCUUGCAGAAAUUAAGAAAGUAUGUUGUCAAAAUUUAAUCAGCCUUUUUCUCCAUGGCAAGACCUGGAAAUAUGAGAGGUGUUAAGACAGACAAAGGGGGGGGGGAGAGAAGCAGGGUGACAGAAUGACCUGCAAAGGGCUUGCCACUUCUGAAUCCAGUUCCCCAGCCCUGAUCUAAACCUACAGCUCUUGUCUGCAAAGAUGAAUGUUGUAUUAUUUCUGCCUGGGUUCUGAUAAUGUUAGUUUUGCUUGAAUUUUAUACUUGUGAUUUAUAUAUUGUGAGGCAUCAGCAUUAAGGUGAAAAACUAAGCAAAGCAAUGCUUGGAUGCAAGGGGUGGGAUUUUAACUAAUGUUUUCUUUAAUAGAAACCUUGUGCAGAAGAUGAAAUACUGAAGUAUGUUUCUGGCGCUCAUCAGUUUGGCCUUGCAAGGAACAGUCACUUGAUGCUUCUUUUCAAUCAGUCCACUGUAAGAAAAAAGUAGGUAUAUUUUGCUAUGAUUAAUUGUAAUUUUAAAAAAAUUAAAUGGCGCUUUUAAACAUGCAAAAUGCCUAACAACAUAUGAGAUAGGCCAUCAUUCCGGUUUCACAGAGCGCUAUUGAAUAAAAGUUUAGAAAGGUUUAAUUCCACUGAUUUGUAAGAGAGUUAAGCAAGUAUGUAUCUCUCUUUGGGAUAAGCUAAAGCAGUUAGUUUUAAAGGGUGUGGGUUUGUUAAAGUCUAUGCACCAGACACACUUGGAGGGCAGUCCUUCUCCACAGGAAAGCUCCUCCCUCAAUGGAGACAGGCAGGAUCCAGAAUCUUCCGUCUUCCUCAGUGGAAGAUUGGUUGGUUCAUCUGCAGCUCCUGAGAACAUAGCCAUUUAUCUUCAUGUCCACUAACUCUUGUCUUGUUUCCACCUUCCUCUUCUUUACCUCACUUCCCUUCCUUACUGGUUCUCACACCACGUGCCUUCACCUUCCUUCCUUACCUGUGGAGCUCUAGCCACAAGCAGAGAAUAGAUGUGAUGGUGUUUCAUUUUCUUUAUCAUAGGCAUACCAUACUUGCACCAUUCUCUUCCUCUGGAGAGCUUAGAACAGUUUCCAUUGGCUUCCAAGCUCUGAUCAGUUUCAUGUUUCCUCCCCUAGGCUUUCUGUGCAGUUGAACCUCAGGACUUUUGCUUCUAGUGGCCUGAUAUAUUACAUGACUCACCAAAAGCAGGUCGAUUAUGCAGCCCUUCAGCUACAAGGGGGAAAGCUUUAUUUUUCAUUUGAUCUUGGAAAGGGUCGGGCAGUAGCCUUUCAUGGAGCAAUCGUCAGUGAUGGGAAAUGGCAUACGGUAGGUGGGCCAAAUGCCUGCAUCCAGCCUUUUCUUAGGUCUGAGUCUCCUGCCUUUCUCGCAUACUUUCUUAUGUUGGAAAAAUAAUUCCCGGUUAAGUAUUCUCCUCUUGCACUAUUUCAGAGCUUUUCAUUAUCUGCAUGUCGGUAUUUUAAAAAUAAAAAUAAAUUUCUCAUUAAAUGCAUGGUAGCUUUUUCAUUUCUUUACACUGUGCAUUAAGUUAUCCAAAGGCAUUAAUUUGCUGCAAAAAUGUGGUAAAUAAAGAUUGCAUUGAUGUCUAGCAUUGGAAGAAGCAGAAAACUUAAAAUAGCCAUGCUCAUCCCACACAAUAUAUGGAACCCUAUUCUUAAUUGGAUGUUUCCUAGUCUUAACUAUUGGUGUUAGCUUACAAAUAUUGUAUCUUAUCUUAUAGGUGAAGACAGAGUAUACUAAAAGGAAAGGUGUUGUCAUAGUUGAUGGGCAGGAAUCUGCGGCUGUAAAUGUUCCGGGAGAUGGAAACACAUUGGAUGUGGAUGGGAAGCUGUACCUAGGGGGGCUACCCUCGGCUUAUGCAGCCAAGAAAAUGGGAAAUGUAAGCUUUUUCUCUUUAAUUGUCUUUUAUGUCUAUUGUCUGCCAGGCAAAUCAGGCUGCAUAACAGCAUUCUGAAAGAAAACAACAAUUUGCAGUGCACUGAAACACAAAAUCCGUGCGGGAAUCAUUGCACACCACUGACUUGUCAAUAUCAGAUGUUGAUCUCAGCAGCAUGGAAGUUUUGGUGCUUUUAUACCAUCGUUCAUCCCUCUCACCUCCUAGGUCUGAAUGUGUUUAAAGUAUGCAAGUCCUUUGAAUCUUUAUUUUAUUUAGAAAGAUAAUAGCAAGAGCAGUGAUUUCUCCCUAAGCUUUGCAAAGUGUAUUAGUGUCUGAAAGAAGCAGCUUCAGCUUUCACUGUGUCUGCAAUAAGUAGGCGCUUGUUCAUAGCCAUAACAAAAGCAGUAUGACAUUUCUGAACAGUGAAAAAUGUAUCCUGUAACCAGGUGGGGGCUCCCAACAUUAUUUCUUAAAUUCAAUAAACUUCUGGUGGUCUGAUUUUUAUCCCAGCAGUAGUGCUGGCAAGAAGGGAGAAUUAACUCUUUCCUACAUCCUGUUUUCUGAAUUCCCCUCUCCCUCAAUUUCAGUAGCCAUCAAGGAAAAAAUGUAGGUAUUUGUAUUGUGUAUGUGUUUUUCCUGCUGUGGAGCUAAUAACAGGAUUCAAAUUAAUUUAGAAAUUCACAUUUCAGCCCUAGAAGUAGGAUUAUUGAUCUGUUUUUAUUUAUUACAUUUUUUAUUCUGCCUUUUGCUCAAGCUCAGAUAUCUGUUUUUCCUCCCCGUUUUAUUCUCACAACAAUCUUGUGAAGUAGGCUAGGCUUAGAGAGUGUGACAGGCCCAAGAUUACCCAGCAUCCUUCAUUGCUUAGUAGAAACGUGAACCCUGGACUCCUCAAUGCUGGUCUGGCUCACUAACUACCCUGGCACUUUGGUUUGUUUACAGUCUGGACACACUUUAUGUGAAUUUAUGCUGUUUCUUUUCUUUUUAUGUGCUCACAGCUGCGUUACUAACCCUGAUCUUCAGUGAUUUACAGUUCUGAAGCAGUAAGGUUUUGUGGUGUGUAUGUGUGUGAGAUGUAUGUACUGUAUUAAUCAUGACACUGAAUUGUUUGCAGAUUACUCACAGUAUCCCUGCAUGCAUUGGUGGAGUAACCAUUAAUAGCAAACAAAUGGACAAAGAGAGCCCAGUCUCAAAUUUUGCUGUGAAUAAAUGUUACGUUGCAGCCCAGGAAGGAACGUUUUUUGAUGGAAGUGGUUUUGCUGCCCUUGGUAAGCAACAGAUUGUUUUGCAAACCGUUUUUCCCAAGCAAAAAUAAAAUAAUACAGUAAUAUUCCAUUAUUCUACACUUCCACUCCUGUAUUGAUCCUCUGCUCCAGUUUUGCUGAUUCCCUACUGAUAAUAUGUAAACAGCUAUUGCUUAAUUCUGAAACAUAAUUACUUAAUUGAUCACAUUUCAAGUAACUGUUUAUUGCUCAGAAAGAAAAAUAAUAAUUGUAUUACUAACCAUGGAGCAAGUAAAAGCUUUACGAUAUAGCAAAAUUUAGAGGAAGCUUUAAUUUGUACUUUCUCCUACAAAACCAAGCCCCUUAGCCAUUAUUUUACAUUGGAAGUGUGCCAGGAGGUAACCCAUCCUGUCUCGACAGCUGUUUCUGAGCCACUUUUUAAAGGCAUUGAUCUAUUAUAAAAUGGAUUCUUAUCUGGUGUACCUGAAAUGUUUUGGGCUACAACUUUCAUCAGCCCCAGCCAGCAAUAGGGGAAAUGACUUUUUUUAGAUAGGUUUCACACCAUUCAAUCAAAGCCCUAUUUAACAAACAACCAAAGACUAUAAAAUGCAACAGCAUCAUGCACGUAUAUGUUCUGAGAAGUACCGGUAACUUGUAUUGUGACUACCCCAGAACUUUUCAGCAGUGCGUAUCUUCCACAGUCAAAAAUGUGUAUCUACUUUUACCCACAUAAUCAACAUUACAUCUUUGGGUAUGGUGCAAAUUUUGGGUUGCGUUUAAUGCAAUGCUAUAUGAACAUGACAUCAGAGGAAGGAUUACUAACUCCCAACUUUGUUAUUUCUCUCUCUUUUUAAAUAGUUAAGGAAGGCUACAAAGUCCGAUCUGACGUUAAUGUUACAUUUGAGUUCCGCACCACAGCUCUCAAUGGAGUUCUUCUGGGAAUUAGUAGUGCUAAAGUAGAUGCCAUUGGAUUGGAAAUAGUUAAUGGCAAGGUGAGUUAUAAGGUCGCGUGAAAAUGUGCUUGUGAAUCAAUCUUGACAAAUCUGGCAGGGGUCUGUUAAUAACAAUCAAGGAGAAUGCAUAUGUAAUGUGUAAUGCUGGAAGAAAAAGCUGGGUCAGUUAUUAAUAUGUGACAGAAAAAUGUUGAAUGCAGAAUUUGUUGUGAAUGUAGGUUUGUCCACUAGUUAGCUAGUAUGUUUUAGCUAUCUCUGUGAAUCAUACUUCCGUGUUCUCCUACACCAGUGUUUCCUCCCCAUUCGCCUCAUUCUGAGUAUAAUACUUAUUUCACAACCGUCUAUUUGGGGACUUUAAUUAAACAAUGAGGAAGUUAAGGUCUCUAAAAUAAGAUGAUGAAAAAUGUGAAAGGUUUUUUUAAAAAAACAAAAUACCCGUUAGACAUAAAUUCCAUGGCUAUCGUUUUAUAAAUAUAUCCAUAAUAAACCUGAGAAGCCUAAAACUUAAUUAUUUAAGCUGUUUUGUCAGAUAAUACAUUGCAAAUGAAGGAAAGCAUAAACCAUCUUGAGAACCGUCAAAAUACAUCUAAACAGUUUCAAUGAAGCCAUCUUCAAAGUACUAUUUUAGGUUCCUAGGAAUUUUUUCCAUUAAACGAAGCUUUUGUGGAAUAACUUGAACCCUCUAUUACCUCUCUCUGUUUUCUCUGCCCCUCUUUUCUCCUUUGCGCUUUUCAGCUUAUAUUAAGUGUGACGAGGGGAGGCUUUUGAGUGUGAGCAAAUUCAUUAAUGAAUAUGUUUCCACACAGAAGGUCAGAAAAGGGGACAAUUGUUUCAUGGUUUUACCUCCUAGAAAGUUUUGUUAGAUCAGGAGAAAGAUUAAUUUUCCAUCAUGGUAAGUACAGGGGAUUAGAUAUGGGCUUUGAUGAUGCCCCCAACUCUGGGGCAGCCCUCCCGCCUGAUCUGCCCUGAGUGUGCAGUUGUCCUAUUCAGCCGCUGCUUCCUGCUAGCUUGUGCUCAUCCAGAACUGCCUUUUCCUUAGUCACUGGUGAGUCACGGCCACUUUGGCUCCUCUCCUCACCCAUAAACACUCAUAUGAAGGAUGUUGACGUAGCAGCAGUAACACUAGCCUUGCCAAGGAAGCCUAUUGCAAUGCUUCACCCCACCUCACACCCAGCAUGAGCCUUCAGCUGGCAUCUAUCUAGAUGCCAAGGAGGCCAUGCAUGGGAACUCCCCAGCGCCAGAUGAUGAUUCUGCUAUGCAGCAUAUCAAAGUGAUCUCACAAUAUAAUAAAAACACAUACAAAACAAUUGCAUACAUAGAGUCAGUUAACAGCAAGUACGUAUAUAAAAACAGUUUCAGACCAAAUCCGGACACCAGCUGGGAUAAGAAUCUUAGGAGGCUUGUUGAAAGAGAAAAAUCUUCAAUACAUGCCAAAAGAAAAAUAGAGGUAGCACGUAUCUGAUAUUUAAUGGGAUGGAUUUCUAAAGGGUAGGUGCUGCGACACUAAAGGCCUGAUUCUGACAUUGUGUGGAAUGGUAUGUGCAAGGUGCCCUUUCCUGCAGAGAACAGGGAUCAGAUGGAGAUAGAGGAAAUGAGGCAAUCAUUUAGUUUCUAACAUAAUAAUUCCUAGGAGAGAUCGAAGGCCCCCCACAUGCUAGAGUUCUCCUUCAAGGCAGAGUGUUGAUCCAUCACAAGCCCUUAGCCUGGGUUAGAAAAGGCAAUUGGGUAGUACUCUAAAAAUAGGGAUGGCUCCUGGGAGGCUAGUUUGGCCUCUUCCUGAUAGGGAAUAGUCUCGUGGGCAUUACAUACUGCUCAACUGUCAAAGCUACCGGCAGUGAGGUUUGAAUGAAUUACCAACCAUUUGGUUAAAAUGAAAACUUUCCCACAUCAUUAUUGAGCAAAUUGUUAUAUUUAAAAGAACAAAUCUUUUUUUUGCCUUCUUCUAUUAUUGUUGCAUGGCUGCUGCCGUGUAGGUUUUAUUCAGUGUCAACAAUGGAGCUGGUAGAAUAACAGCUACCUAUGAGCCCAAAGGCACAACUAGUCUGUGUGAUGGACUGUGGCACAAACUCCAAGCAAACAAAAGCAAGCAUCGUAUUGCUUUGAUAGUUGAUGGAAACUUGGUUCAGACUGACAAUCCACAUCUGCACUCCACCUCUGCAGAUACGAACAACCCUAUUUAUGUUGGAGGAUAUCCUGGUAUGUUAUGUUCCUCAUCUUAAAAAUACAGAAUUUUAUUUUUUUUACUCAUUAUAUUUUCAUCCCACCCUUGGUUUGUGUUCUGGCUGACUGGUGGUGCAAAUGCCAUAAAGCAGCAUGAAGUUGAUAAAGUUAGAGAAUGUCCUGCUUGAUACUUUCUUUUCCCAUCACCUCAGAAUCUGGUUCAAGCCAGGUUGGGGCUUUGUAUGAAUUAGCAGCUACGUAUAAGGGACGCAGUUGGUGCUGUGGGUUAAACCACUGAGCCUAGGGCUUGCCAAUCAGAAGGUUGGCGGUUUGAAUCCCCGCAAUGGGGUGAGCUCCUGUUACUCGGUCCCUGCUCCUGCCAACCUAGCAGUUCGAAGCACGUCAAAGUGCAAGUAGAUAAAUAGGUACUGCUCUGGCAGGAAGGUAAACGCUAUGUUCGUGCGCCGUUCUGGUUCGCCAGAAGCAGCUUAGUCAUGCUGGCACAUGACCUGGAAACUGUACGCCGGCUCCCUCGGCCAAUAAACCGAGAUGAGCACUGCAACCCCAGAGUCGUCUGCGACUGGACCUAAUGGUCAGGGGUCUCUUUACCUUUUUUUAUAAGCCCAUUUAGAACCCAUCAUGGGUCUAGGCACUCCCUACAGUCCCCAAAUUGCUGUCUGGUAACUAGUGCUGUGGCAGAAGGCCUGUUUCUCUCCCACCCUUUAGUCUGGAGUUUCCUUUGUGCUUAUAGACCCCUUGGGUCCUGCAAUGGAAAUCCUUUUGAUGGUAAAGGGGUGAGGGAACUACCGCAGGCUGUGGGUUUUUGUUUUUUGUUUUACUUGGUAGUGUACAAUCGAGGACUUACUGGAAGCUGUCAGACCAUUUCUAAGGUACAAUUUUAAUCUCCUCCUAACAGCAAACAGGCUCACUGUGUUCUUUCAUUUGUUUUCUAGCUGAUGUAAAACAAAACUGCUUGACCAGUAAGAGCUCAUUCCGAGGGUGUUUGAGAAACCUUAUGCUGCUUAAAAGCCAACAGGCAGAAGCCUUUGACUUCAGUGAAGCCUUUGACCUGCAUGGAGUUUUUCCACAUUCCUGCCCUGGGGCUGAGCAGUGAACGGUCCAUCUUUAGAUGUUUCAUCUGUUUUUAAUGGGGAAAAAAUGUUUUUAAUGAUAAUCCUGGUCUCAGCGAUAUCCAUGUAUUUUCCAACUCAGGACAACUGUUUUUAACCAGAACUUCUACGAUACCACAUUUAAUUUUUAAAGUCUCUUUGUACAACAGAUACCUCUACUAAAAUGUUAACAACAUUGAGUACUGGUUUUCAUUUUGGGUGAAAUUUGUUUCUUUCUCUCCCCACCCCCACCCAAAGUGUUUACAGUGUAUCUUCUGCUGAUAUGUUUGACAGUAUUUCAUUUGGCGUAUAGUGGUUUUUCUAUAAUAAAGCUAUAAAAUGGGGCCCCAGGCAGUAGAA